AUGGCUCUGGCUAACGAAAUGCUGGACGAGUCAUGGGAGGCUUUGAACCUCAGUGUGCUGGGAAACUGGAGUCAGACUAACGAGUCCCUAAACAGGACAGAAACCGGACCCCCACCUUUCCUGACCGACGCCUGGCUUGUACCCCUGUUUUUUGCCCUCAUCAUGCUCGUGGGGCUGAUUGGAAAUUCUCUGGUUAUAUAUGUUAUCUCAAAGCACAGACAAAUGAGGACUGCCACCAACUUUUACAUAGGUAAGCAUGGACCUCCACUUGUCCUCAGUCAUUAAAGGGCUUUAUUUAGGAAGCAUUUAAAUGUGUAUAUAUAUAUAUUUGUAUAAUUUAUUUUUUUUAAAUAAAAGUGCUAUUUUACCUACAUUUUUGCAAUUUGAUUGUCAGUACAUCACAACUCACUCUGUUCUGUCAAAGACCUAACACAUAAUACAAUGUACAUUAUCACAUUAUUAGCUGUCCAAACAUUGGACGUUCUAAGAAUGAAUACAGUUAUGGCUACUAACAUUAUUAUCCAGUAAAAAAACAACUUUAUAAAUUAAACUACGCAGUAACAAAAUAAAUAAACAAACAAAAAAAUAUUUAUUCAUCUGAAUCCUCAAUGUAUGUUAUUUAUUUUAUUUCAAGAACCGUCCAUCUGUCAGUCUGUCUGUUUGUCUUCCUUCCUGUCUAUAUAUUAGUGGAGUUGUAUAGGUAGAUAAAUUCUGAGUUUAAAUUACACCCCCCCCCCCCGUCACAAUAUUUAGAGCCAAUAUGUCUUUUUUACAUCGGACACUAAACAAUUGGCAUUAAAUAUCAAAUAUGUCUGAAUUAACCAUCCGGGUUAACAAACCAUGACUAGUUUUGGUUCUAACUAACCCAAGUGAUACUAGAAUCUUUUCAGUUCUAACUAACCCUGGUGGGUCCUAUCUGAAUAGCUAUUAAACUGAUCUGGGUGAUUCCUCUUGGACUAGUUAUUCCUACCAUACUAGUUAUAAUUGUAAAUGGCAAAUCCUACCAGACUAGCUGUUGGUCCAACUAACCGGAUGAUUCCUUUCAGACUAGCAGUUGGACUAGAUAACCCUUUAGAUUCUGAACAGACUAGUUUUGCUCCUAACUAACCUGGUGAUUUAUUUCAGACUGGCUUUAUAUAUAACAGACUUUGUUGAUUCCUACCAGACUAGUUUGGCUUUAACUAGCUGUGAUUCUAACUAACUCUGGCAAUUCCUACUAAACUAGCUGUUGGUCUAACUAACCCUGUAAUUAUUAGCAUACCAGGUUUGGUUUUAAUUAACUCAGUGGAUAAUUACCAUACUAAUUGUGGUUAUAUUAACCAUGGUGAUUUCUACCAGGCUAGUUUGCUUGAUUUCACUUUUUGCAAGAAGUAUAAACUUUAUUUCAAUUCUUUUUUACCAUAAUAUUCCCAAAACAGGAAUGAGUUUCUCAUUGUUAUUAAGUAUCUUUUACCAUUGAGCUGUGUUGCUGUCAUGGUGGGGGCUGUAUAUCAGCCAUGGUGGAGACUAUAUUGCUGUCAUGGUGGACUGUGUGUUUGUUGUAAUGGUGAGCUUGUAUUGCUGUCAUGUUGGGGGCUGUAUUGCUGUCACGAUGGAGGUUCUAUUGCUGUCAUGAUGGGGGUGCGGCGGUAAUGCUAUCAUGGUGGACUGUUUAUGUGUUUGUAAUGGUGAGCUUGUAUUGCUGUCAUGGUGGUGGUGGCGGGGCUAUAUGGCUGAAUGGUGGAGGUAUAUUGCUGCCAUGGUGGGGCUGUAUCACUGCCAUGGUGGAGGUAUAUUGCUGCCAUGGUGGGGCUAUAUGGCUGUAUGGUGGAGGUAUAUUGCCACCAUAGUGGGGUGUGUAUUGCUGCCAUGGUGGAGGUAUAUUUCUGCCAUGGUGGGGUUGUAUUGCUGCCAUGGUGGAGGUAUUUUUGCUGCCAUGGUAGGGGCUGUAUUGCUGCCCUGGUGGAGGUAUAUUGCUGCCAUGGUGGGACUAUAUGGCUGCCAUGGUGGAGGUAUAUUGCUGCCAUGGUGGGGCUAUAUGGCUGUGUGGCGGAACCAACCUCACCACUGUCCACUGGAGAAGCCUGGUUGCUCGCCUGCUCCCUUUAGACUAUGGCCCAGCAUUUAAAACCUUUUAUUUUCCCUGCAGAAAGGCAUAUUCAUGCCUUUUUUUGCCGGGGUGUUCAGUAGAUUCAAUCUACCGAACAAAGUACCGAACGAUCGACCACCUGGGAACUGGAGUGUGCCAUCAAUUGAUGGUUAACCGCAGCUUAAUUAACGAAUGCUGGGUGGCCUUUGUUUGUUUGCUGAACACGUGGCAGUGGCCAUUUUAACUCCCGAGCGGCCAGCGGUGUUCAGGGCCCAAACUAUGGAACUGGAAAUGGCCACUUAUUUGCGCGAACACCGCUGAGCCACCAGCCUCCUUACCUCUGCAUUCGGUAGUGGAACCGAAUGACUGUUCAUUCGGUAGUUUAACCGUAUGAACAGCAUCACCCCAGAUAGCUAUGGAGCCUAUUCGUGUAAUGUGUAUGUUCUAUGUGAUAAAAGUAACAGUAUGUAUUUUUAUGACUUUUAUUGUCCUUUGUCUGCCAUGUGGUUAAUGGAGUUUUGCCUCUGUCCUUGGAGAUAAUUGGAUUACUUCCCAAUUAUCUCCAGGCCAGAGGGGAGGGAUUGUGAUGCAUUGUGGGAUUGUAAGCUUGUGAUUGGUCAAUUUCCAAUAUGUUUCCCAGUCUUCCAUCUGAUCCCCUAGGGGAGUGUCCACCAGGUGGGAGACCUGCAUAAAAGCAGGUAGCCCCAGUAAAUCAGUUCUGCUUGAUCCUCAAACGAAGUGUCUUCUCGUUCUUGGGGGGAAUUGGAUUGUAUGCUGUUACAGUGCGACUGCCAGGAGUGUAAACUGUUCGUAUAGUUUUUCCCGUUCCGGAGUUUGGAGCAUUCCCCUGGUUCCAGUUCAGGAGAUUGGUGAAUUCAUGUGUUUGAGGUUCGGGAGAUUGGUGAAUUCAUGUGUUUGCAGUUUCGGGAGAUUGGUGAUUGCAGUAGCUGCCCGUGCAUCUGGAAAGGGGAAUAUCGCCUAAACGGUUUUUAACCACUUGUGUGCAGAACGGUCCGUUACAGGCUGCCAUGGUGAGGUUAUAAUGCUGUAGUAGUGGGAUGUAUUGCUGCCAUGGUGAGGUUAUAUUGCUGUAGUAGUGGGAUGUAUUGCUGCCAUGGUGAGGUUAUAUUGCUGUAGUAGUGGGAUGUAUUGCUGCCAUGGUGAGGUUAUAUUGCUGUAGUAGUGGGGUGUAUUGCUGCCAUGGUGAGGUUAUAUUGCUGUAGUAGUGGGAUGUAUUGCUGCCAUGGUGAGGUUAUAUUGCUGUAGUAGUGGGGUGUAUUGCUGCCAUGGUGAGGUUAUAUUGCUGUAGUAGUGGGAUGUAUUGCUGCCAUGGUGAGGUUAUAUUGCUGUAGUAGUGGGAUGUAUUGCUGCCAUGGUGAGGUUAUAUUGCUGUAGUAGUGGGAUGUAUUGCUGCCAUGGUGAGGUUAUAUUGCUGUAGUAGUGGGAUGUAUUGCUGCCAUGGUGAGGUUAUAAUGCUGUAGUAGUGGGAUGUAUUGCUGCCAUGGUGAGGUUAUAAUGCUGUAGUAGUGGGAUGUAAUGCUGCCAUGGUGAGGUUAUAUUGCUGUAGUAGUGGGAUGUGUUGCUGCCAUGGUGAGGUUAUAAUGCUGUAGUAGUGGGAUGUAUUGCUGCCAUGGUGAGGUUAUAAUGCUGUAGUAGUGGGAUGUAUUGCUGCCAUGGUGAGGUUAUAAUGCUGUAGUAGUGGGAUGUAUUGCUGCCAUGGUGAGGUUAUAAUGCUGUAGUAGUGGGAUGUAUUGCUGCCAGGGUGCGGUUAUAAUGCUGUAGUAGUGCGAUGUAAUGCUGCCAUGGUGAGGUUAUAUUGCUGUAGUAGUGGGAUGUAAUGCCGCCAUGGUGAGGUUAUAAUGCUGUAGUAGUGGGAUGUAUUGCUGCCAUGGUGAGGUUAUAUUGCUGUAGUAGUGGGAUGUAUUGCAUGGAGCAGUAGAUCGGUAAUGUGUUGUACAUAAGUCCCACAUGAAGCCAGGGUUGACGUAUUAAAGACUGUGCAGCGUGUGUGGGCAGACAUUAAAAUAUGGAAAAUUUGUACAAAUUUCUGAGUGGGAACAUACAAAAUGGAAUACAUGGAACUGUCAGCAGGAUACUUUAUGUAAUAUUUUUUGGGUUUUUUUCAUGGAAAAACUUUUGUUUUUAGUAUAAUGUACAAAUGCACACAUCAUACUUCACAUAGUUUUAAUAUAUUCUCCAAAAAUGGCUCAAAGUAACAUAAACAGUAACUGUGUAAUUUACUGAACUGACAGUGAUUAAUAAAACUUAGCUUGUGGACAUGAGAAAUGAACACUUUCUAUAUCUUGGUGUCAGAUCUGUUUAAUAUUUAUUUCAGCAUUUUUAUUGCAACAAAUGAAAGAAUCAAACGUUAAAAUGGGGGGCCGGAGGUGGCAUAGAUUGCAACUACUAAUUUAAUUUGCCACAAACUAUCCUACAGGAAAGCAGGAUUUCGCAUUGAAUCCUUUACAUAAUGAAGUUUUUGUGCUUUUCUUGUCCAGUUUCAAUAUAAACGGCGUAGAUUUUGUUAUAACAUAUAUAUAUAUAUAUAUAUAUAUAUAUUUGUGUUAAGGGCUCAUGAUAGUACAGAAGAUACAAACACUGAUAAGUAUGGGAUAGUGUGAAAGAGCAAGUCGGUUGUGGUGUGCCGGAACCGACGAUGAGGUAGGCCUGUAAAUAAAGAGGGCCCACCAAUAAGAAAUGUAUGAGAAAAAGGAGUUCAUAAAAAGGAGUGGGUGGGAGGGUGAUGCAGCGCUGACCUCGAACGGUAUGGAGCCAGGUAAGGGGUGUCCCUUAAGUAGGGAGAAGGUGAGUCAUACGCCCCUCCCACAAUUACAGGCCAAAAGGCCUUAAUACUUGUGUUAAGGGCUCAUGAUAGUACAGAAGAUACAAACACUGAUAAGUAUGGGAUAGUGUGAAAGAGCAAGUCGGUUGUGGUGUGCCGGAACCGACGAUGAGGUAGGCCUGUAAAUAAAGAGGGCAAAAAGUAGAAAAUAUACUUUAUUACGAAACGAGCAGUAUACAUACUUCAACCAGACAUAUCUUGAAAGGCAUUUCUAACUUCUUGUACCGGGUUAGGUAUGUAUCUAGAGUAUGCAGAAGACUUCCAGCGCCCUAGUGACUUGAUAACAUGUACUGGAAUGUUUGCACUGGACGCUGUGGAGGCCGCCCCUAUGCGGAAGGAGUGGCCCGAAUAGUUAGCUGAUUUUAGGCCUAGUUGUGUAAGUAGGGACCUGACGUGGGUCAUGAAGGUGGUGGUAGUGAGUACCGAACCUUGUAGACAGAAAAGUGGUUGAGAUGGUGAUGCUUUGAAAUGCUGAGUAUAGGUGUCCAGUAAUGUGACGGGGCACCACACGUUGUGGGUAGGAUAGUAUCUAACCUCUACCGGGGGUGCGUGUUGAUUGGUUUUGGAGUGAUGCAGAGUUAAAAUAUAGUAAUCCAUGUGUUUCGUUAAGUGUGAAUGAAGCAGAAUGUGAGUGGACUGGGAUGUGUUGAUGGCGGUAAAUUCUCUUGGUCUCAAGAAACCAUAAAAAGCUACGUAUAUGGCGGUUUUUAUAACAAGGUUUGUGUUGUUCGCAAAGGGUUUUGAAUCUAGUAGGCUGGAUAAAUCCUUGAAGAUAUUGAAGUCUAUAGGUAGCCUUUGCGCGGUACGUGGGGGUUCGGAUCUCUGGAUACCUCUAAGGAUGUUUUUAUCUGGUAGGAGGACAUGAAACUUGUGUUGUUUGGUUGUAAUGUUAGCAUGUGAUGUUGUAUGCCUGUUAGAUAUAGCUUGAUUGUGUUGUAAGAUAAUUUAAGUUUGAGGUGGCAAAAAGAAGCAAAACCUAACAAAGAUGUCAUGAUGAAAGGUUGUGUGACGUUGUGCAGUGACAGGAAUCUUUUAAAUAGAAGGAAAGCCCUGUCAUAUGUUCUCCGGGUAUUGGUGGACAGUGCUAAUUGUGCCAAUGUCCUGCUAUGUUGCAUAAUAGCUUCUAGUCCAUGACUAGCUGGUGGAAAGGUGGAGUGGUCGUGGCUGUACGUGCGGCUGACGGAAGUAUUUGCCGAAAAGCCUGAAAAUUGAAACGAGACAAACUGUCAGCAGCCGUGUUACAAACACCUGGGACAUGGACACAAAACAAGAAGAAGUUAUGGCAUGCAGCCAGCCAGGUGAGUUUCCUCAAGAACCUCAUAAUGGUCAGUGACUUGGAUCGGCCUUUGUUUAUGAUGUGGCAGGUAGCUUGGUUGUCUGAGUGGCAACGUACUGACGAACCUGCCCAUAGAUGCCCCCAUGUCACGGCAGCUGCUACAAUGGGAUACAUCUCAAAUAGAGCUGAGGUAGUGGAAAACCCUUCCAGGUCCUGUACCUCUGGAGGCCAGCUACCCCAAAGCCAUUCAUUCCCGUAAAUUGCUGCAAAACCUGUGGUAGCCGCCGCGUCUGACCAGAUGGUAGGUGAGGAGUCAGACAAUUUAGGGAGAAACAUGCUUUUCCCAUUCCAGGUGGUCAAAAAGUUUCUCCACAUAAGUAGGUCUGCCGUGGCUUGGGUAUCCAGUGGUAACCUGUGUGCAUCAUGUCUAAACAGUGGGAACAUGGUUAGGAGCCGUGAGAUGAAAGCCCGGCCUUGAGGUAUAAUGCGCAUGGCAAAGUUCAGUGACCCAAGUAGAGACUGCAAUUCUUUGCGAUUGCAAGUACCGAGGUGUAUGUAGAGGUUAAUGUUGGUGAGAAUGUUCUCUAUCUUGGUGCGUGGCAGGCUGGCUUGCAUGGUGGCUGAGUCUAGCAUGAUUCCCAGAAAGGUGAUGACUGUAUCUGGUCCUUCAGUUUUGGUGGGGGAGACUGGAACACCCACCUGUUUGAAAAGACUGAUGGUUGCUAUGAGGCUACUGGGAGGGGAAGUGUUCUCUUCGAUCAGUAAGAAAUCAUCCAGGUAGUGUAUAACUGUAGGGCAUCUGGCUACAUUUAAUAAUAACCAGCAUAAUGUUUCGGCGAAUACGUCGAAAAUGGCCGGACUACUUUUUGAACCAAACGUUAGGCGUGAGAAAAAGUAGUAGUGCCCGGCCCACUUAAUGCCAUGCAGGUGCCAUAGUGUAGGGUGGAUAGGCAAUAAUUUGAAGGCAUUUGUAAUGUCAGUCUUGCUGAGCCAUGCUCCGACCCCUGCCUGCAUGAUAGCUGUAAUGGCGUGAUCUAUGGUGGAGUAUUGAAGUGAAAAUUCCUCAGAGGGGAUAAGGGAGUUCAGACUAGGUGAGGCAGAGGUGUGAGGUGCAGACAGAUCGAUGAUAAGUCUUUGUUUGUGGGAAGAUUUCCCUGUGACAAUACCGAUGGGGUUUGUCCGCCAUGUGGAAAAAGGAGGGGACUGAAAGGGUCCCAAUAGGAAGCCCUCUGCCACUUCUUUGGCUAUGAGUGUGCUAACCGCUGUAGGGUUUUGUUGUGCAGAUUGUAAAUUAGGACAUUCAAGGAUUCCUGAAGGCAUGUGUAUGAGACCAGUAUGGAAUCCUUGUGAUAGACCAGUGAUGAUGAAGUCUACCAAAUGUCUAGAUGGAUGUCGUGACAGUAAUGCCGUGAGUACAGAAAUAUUUAUCUCAGUUAAGUAUUGCUUAGGGUACAUUUUAUUUGGACACAUGGUUUUCGCAUGUGCCCUAAAACAUUUUGAACAUAUAUGCAAUAACCGACAACCGCUGUAAUUACAUGCACCGACAUUGAAAUUAUUACAUAUUUGGGACUUCCCCAAAAACUUGAUAGGUCGACCCAGUUUGUCUUUGGGUGUUCUCUCUGCUGACACAGCGGAGCUAGUGCCCUGCGAGGUGGUAGGUUCGUUCGCAGUGGUCGGACAAAAAUUGGCAGUAUGAGCCAUGGAGGAGCAGUGUGCACAGGCCGGUGCUCUUAGACCUGCAAAGUGCCUGCAAAAAAUGAUCGUAUCAAUCUUACUCCAGUUGGACCUUGUCCCGUACUGUGAGAAGGCGCCAGACACUUUGGCAGAAAAAGAUCUAUGGUAGUCAUAGAAAGCUGACCCACCAUAUUUGUUGCCCAGAUCAACCAGCCUGUGCAUAUAUAAGUCAAACUCCUCACGUCUGUGGGGAUAUACCGUACAGACCACAUCCCGAUAAAUGCCAAAAGCUAAUACAAAUUCAGGAAUGGUUAGCUUCCUAUUUAAUCGUGCAUCCCUGGAUUUGACCACCACAGAAAUAUCGUCAUAAGCGUAGGUCUUAUGUUCCACUAUAUCCUGGGAGGCAAUUAGUAGUGAGGCCAGAUUGACAUCUUUACCUUCCAGGAUAUCUCUCCUGAGGUGCUCAGGAAUCAUGUGGGCAGGGUAAACUUCUUGGUCAUCCGAGGUGAUAGCUGGAGAAACUGAUUGCGACUCCACCACUGAUGGGGGAAUUGCCGUGGCCGGUCCAGCCAUAGUGAGGGCUGUAGUGACCGAUUCAAGUUUCUCCAGCCUAGAAUUGACCUUGCUCAUGGAUGUCAUGAGGGACGUGAGCAUGUCAUGUAUGUUCCCUGGGUGGGACUGGCUCGACCCUUCCCCAGCGUCCAUGUUAUCAGUUGAGGUGUGUAAUAAUUUGUAAAGUUCCGCUUUCCUUGCUGUUGCUGGAAAAGGGAUUUGUCGUCUCCUGAGUUCGCUAGUGAUACGAGGGAUAGUCCAUGAUCUGAAAGAUGCUGGACUAGCCGUAUCUUCCUCCUGUGAUGGGGUGUUGGUUCUAGCCGGAGUCCUUGGGAUGGAGAAAUCCUCUACCCCUUCUUGAGACAUACUAGAUUACAAAAGUAUAUGGUUAGCAUAAAACCCCCCGAGGGGAUGUACUGGCAGGCUAAUUAUGCCGGAUAGGCGAAAAAUUAAAACUUGUUCUUUGGUGACAGGUGAGGCCCUGCUAGUUGCCAAGUGGCUAUGAGAGGCUCUAUCUAUGCGUUGGCGCGAGGGGUUAUUGAGGCCACCCGACGUAGUGGCAGGAAAUCGUAGGCCUCUCGGUGACAAUACAAGAAAACAGGGGAAGGGAGUGACAGGUGGCACCCUCUCUAUAAUGCGAGGCGGCUAACUCACGUGUGGCCCGGGGGGCAUUACCUCCGAAACGUUGAGGCGGGGUGUUGGCCUCGCGGACCACUAAACGAUAGGCAGAAUGCCCGGAGGGGGGAUACCUAUUUGGGCCUAUAACCCCUAAAAUUGCCAGUACUCUAUGUCCUAAGUAGAGGAGGAACCAUAUGUGAUGUAUGGCGUGAGCAGGCUUAACGUACCUGGUAGUAUGUAUGCGUUUGAUAAGCGAUAGGUAGAGAAAACUGGAAAAAUCCUAAAGGGAUAGAAAAACCAAAUAUGAUAGUGUGAGAAUUGGAUCCUAUGAUACCAAUUUAGACUAGUUAUAUGUGAUGAGUUCUAGUAGUACAUAUGGAAAGGGAAUACAUGAAUGAUAUUGGCCCGACUGGCCCUGUAUGUGGUAUGGUAAUCAUGCUUGGGGGUGUGUAUGAUAUGUCUCUGGUGACCAGAUUAAUGCGUAUGAUAUAGUAAUGCUGGUGUUUGUGGUAUAAUAAGGUGCAGGAUUUAAAACAAUACCGUAUAUGUUAGGCCGUAAACGUAAGCCAUGAAAAGAGGUAAGUACGAGGUACAGAAAUAUUUGAGAAGUUAUCCCAAAAUUGGAAACAAAGUGACGUAUGAGUGGUUGAAUCAAGACGUGUGAUUCAACCCGAGAGUUUGUGAGAUUUGUGAGACCGUGUUCUUGUGUACUUGGUAUGUCGUUUGAGUACACAAAGAAAAAGUCAGAAUAUAUAAGUGCCAUGUAAGAAACGUGAGUACAUGGUAUGAUAGAAACGUAAUUUCUAAACAUAAUUUAUAACGUAAAUCCUACAAGCGACAUCUGUAAAAUGUAAAGGCUUGUCUAAGCUUAACUCCAUAAAUAUAUGUAUAUAACAUGAAGAAUUUCAAUAAAACUUUAAUAAUGCCAUAUCUGCUAAGAUUAAACCAUAACCUAAAUAAAUACUUAUUCAUAAGUAGUUAACAGGGGUAUUGCCCCAGUCAUAUGCAAGGAUUUCGUAAUUUGCAUAAGCUAAAUAACAGUAAAUGACAUGAAACCAAUUAUAGCUGAUGAUAUGCAGAACGAAUUUGCUUAAUACAAAGAAAAACCGAAACCGAUAUGCCUGCCGGCAGCAAAGGGGUUAAUAUGCCUGUGACUUGGCCGUAAAGCGUGUGGCCGUAAAGUAAGGCCGUUUUAAAUCGCGACGCCGUGGGAAAUGAUCCGGGCGACGGACUUACGAUUUUGAAGUCCUGUGGACUUAAUCUGCGACGAAAACACCGGGUAUGUGCGUGGCUGAACGGGCGGAAAACCUGUAAGGAUUCCUGGACACAGCUACACCAAACGAAAACCGCGGGUUUUUUGAAAAGCAAGAUGGCGCCGUACGUGAACCGGAAGUGGAUUCUCGAUGCAGCGCUGACCUCGAACGGUAUGGAGCCAGGUAAGGGGUGUCCCUUAAGUAGGGAGAAGGUGAGUCAUACGCCCCUCCCACAAUUACAGGCCAAAAGGCCUUAAUACAUAUAUAUAUAUAUAUAUAUAUAUAUAUAUAUAUAUAUAUAUAUAUAUAUAUAUAUAUAUAGAAGUAAUUAGCACUUGCACUCCAACUCAAAAAAACAAUAGUCCCCGGUGCUCUGGUAGCUAAGCAAUGUAUACAAAAAAAUACCGGCACUCCAAGGAUUUCCAGAAUAUUGUAUUCUUUAUUCUAAAUGACAUCAACGUUUCAGCUCCCUUACAGAGCUUUCAUUAGGAUACACAUCCUGAUAUAUAUAUAUAUAUAUAUCUUUUAUUAUUGAAUAGAAUUUGUCCUGCAGGUGGCAAUAGGAGAAUUGCUUUAAAGUAUAAUAAUUAUCGCAGGUAACAGGAGCUGUGUGAAUGUUCUGUAAAUACCCCGAUGUCACCGCUGCCCUCGGGAGGUCCAAUUAAAUGCUACUCAAAGAUUAGAUUGCACUAUUAUCACCGACUCACAGCGCACAGGAUAAGUAAUAAUGCCAGGAAGUGACAGUGAAUAUGUUCUAGGAUUGCUUUAUUUCAUAUUCUUGCCUGACGUAUUAACUCUUCCUCCAAGGGGGAACAAAGCGCUGUGUUUUAUAUAAAUAUUAUAAAUGGCUAAUAUCGUCACUCUGUCUGUGGAGGAGGGCCUCUCAGAGGGACGAUAUAUUUUGGAAGACAACAGCUGGAAAGAUGCUAAACAAUGGGGACAUUUAGCAAUGUGCUGCCAGCAGAAAAAGUAGGACAAAGUCUUAAAAGUGAAGAAAACCCAUUGAAUUGGUUUCCAUGGCUAUUGCUUCUUACGUUUUUUGUUGUCAGAUUUCCCCCUGAUAAUUUUCUGAAGUGGAGAAGCUUGUUUGGAUACUGUACAGAUUACUCAUUGUCUUGUGGUAGCAGAGAAUCCAGACUGUGAGUGAUGGGAGAGAGGGACUGCACCCAAACACUGCAUGUACCAUAACCACUACAGCAAGCUGUACUGAUACAAUAAAAUAAUACAAUGAGCUGUAAUGAUACAAUAAGCUGUAAUGAUACAAUAAGCUGUAAUAAUACAAUAAAAUGUAAUAAUACAAUGAGCUGUAAUAAAACAAUGACCUGUAAUAAUACAAUAAUAUGUAAUAAUACAAUGAGCUGUAAUGAUACAAUAAGCUGUAAUGAUACAAUAAGCUGUAAUAAUACAAUGACCUGUAAUAAUACAAUACACUGUAAUGAUACAAUGAGGUGUAAUAAUACAAUAAUAUGUAAUAAUACAAUGAGCUGUAAUGAUACAAUGAGCUGUAAUAAUACAAUGAGGUGUAAUAAUACAAUGAGCUGUAAUAAUACAAUGAGCCCUAAUAAUACACUGAGCUGUAAUAAUACAAUGAGCUGUAAGGAUACAAUGAGUUGUAAUGAUACAAUAAGAUGUAAUAAUACAAUGAGCUGUAAUAAUACGACGAGCUGUAAUAAUACAAUGAGCUGUAAUGAUACAAUGAGCUGUAAUAAUACAAUGAGCUGUAAUGAUACAAUGAGCUGUAAUGAUACAAUGAGCUGUGAUAUUUAUGGAGUUAAGAUAUUCCUUUCUGUUACUCUGCACAGCUCGUUUCCCUUGUUUGGUCACUUUAUGAAGAAGAUAUUUAACUCCUGCCCUGCGACUAGUUGUGCUUGAUGUAGGUGGUCACUGACAGAGGGAAAUGCUGAGAGUGAAAACUUGUAUUUUAUUUUCAUGUAAAGAGCAGCAUUGUUAGUGCUCGUUGAGUGAAAAGUGUCCAUCUUGCCUUUUAAUUAUUAAAAUAUAAACAUUUAAUUUGCUGGCUAAGUGUGUGCUAUCUGCUCCUGUAAAGAGACAGUUAAGGAUUUCACAAGCUGUUAUAUUUGUCACCAGUAGAUGGCACUCUAGUCUAACAUACAGCACCACGUUAACACAUUGCUUGGCAAAGCACAGGACACCUUGGGACUCACAUGGUUAAUGUAAAAACAAACUUUUUAUCCUCGAAGGAACUCCCGUGAAUAAGAUCCCACGAUUUAAAUUGUGAGCUCCUGUGGCUAAUUUUCAUAUAUAAACCGAGCUUUAAGAUCCUUAUUUGCAAUGCAGUAAGGGCAAAAAUAAAGAGGAAUUGGAACUUGAUGUUAAAAACGUAUUACUACAUUUUUCCUAACUUUGCAUUAAUAGUAAUUUACUAAUCAAAUAACAAAACAAUAUUACAUUUCGUAACUGUACAAAUAUAUCAUAUUAAAUAAUAUACUGCAAUGUGUUUUUUGCACACACUGUUUCAGUUAUUUUCAUAACAACUUAGCAGAUAUACCUCCAACAAAAACAUACAUUCAUUUAAUUAUGUAUUUUUUAUUGGGUAUAUCUAAAAACAGCUUGCAGAGGCUGCAAAUCUCUUUCUGCUUCUUUUGCAAACCCUCCCCUUCUAACCCCACCCAGACUUUCUGUGGCUGUCCAAUCACAGACUUCCCAAUGCAGCUCAAUGAGAAGUCUUUGCAAGGCAGGUGCUCUGGGCAAUUGCUGCCUCUUGAGUUUAGCUCCACUGAGAUAACCAAACCAGGAAGUAACAGGACCAGCUGUCUGAUUUACAGCAAGGGAGGUGUAACCAGGUUCAUUUAUAAAACUGCCAAUUUCUUCUGAAAUCUUUACUUCUGUAAAAUGAAACAGAGGACACACCUUUUACACAUAGGGCCUUUCAGUAAGCUAAAGUGAUUUGUGUGUGCAGUUUCCUUUUAACUGUUUAACAAAUAGUUCAAUGAUUUUUCUUAUUUUUGGUAGUCAAAACACUCAUUUAUUAUUGUCACAGAUUUGCUUUGUAUCUGGUUAUCUGUUCUCUGUCUGUAUCUCUAUCUGUUUAGUUAUCUGUUUAGACCUCUUUAAAGCACCUACUGUCCUAUCACCCUGUGGUGUCGUGUGGAAUUACUAUUUUUGCCACAAAGUAAAAGGGAAGAAUCUUUUUGAAAGGAGAGAUACUCUCUUUAAAGUAGGUCAGAAAAUAGUAUAAAAAAACAAACUGUAAUUCAGAGAGUCAGCGAUUGGACGAUGGAGAAUUGUAAAAUUACUGGCAGCUGCGACUUUGUUAAUCACACUUCGGCCACUGAUGGUCCAUCGUGGCUACUGCUAGAACUGGUACCAGAAUCGGAAUAUUAACGGAAUUCGAGAAGUAUCUUGCAGCAAUGUAGGUGAGAUAGAGGAGGUGGAUAUAAUCUCCUUCUCUGCUGGAUUCUGCAUUUCAUUCUAACCUGCGCAAGAUGAUUUAUAUCUCACCCCAGGUUGCUAUUUAGUGAAUAUACCCCAGUGAUUAUAAAUUCGAUUAUCUCACGCUUAUCGAUAUUGUACUGUUUGAUUGACAGCCCUGUCUGCUCUAAAUCUGUGCUGAAUGGCGAGUUACAAAGUUAUUUAAUGUACUGGAAGGAUCUUAGCAGAAAGCUGUUGCAUGUAAGAGUAACAUGGCUGGACUGAGAAGGACCCACCAUUUAAGCCGUAAUAGCAGAGUUGGAUAAAAUGGCUAAUGUUUUUAUUUUGUAUUAUUAUUUAAUUAUUAUUAUUUUUUGACUUUUUUGAAUGUGAUGGCUGGUUAGCAAGCCCUUGAAGCGCCAAGCAUUUUUAACUAUUUACCUGCUGUCUGCUAGUGCUGACAAUGAGCAGAUAGUUCAGAUUUCUAAUUUGCAUAAUUUGGACAUUGUUGAAUAUAUUGAAUAAUUCCCAGAUUUUGCGGUCCCUGUGCGCAGCUGGAUGGUUUUGCCCCAAUCGGUUUAGGGCCUUUCUGACUUUAGCAGAAAAUCUGCUUCUGAAUUGUGAAAUACGAUGAGCUGGAUGGAUUUUAGCAGAAAUCCAUUUAAUGAUUUAAAGAUUAACAAGGCUGGACGGCCUAGUACCCAUCAUUUAAUCCAUAAUAGUUGCAUUGGAUAAAAUGUCUGGCUUAGUUUGGUGUGAAAUGUGCAAUCUCAUUGCCGCACAACUUUUCUGCAUAACAGAUAUCAUAUCCCCUCUGAGACAUCUUUUCCCUAAAGUAGACAAGUGCAACUUUUCUUGAUUUUCUUCAUAACUAAGAUCUAAAUGUCCAGGACUCUCUUCGCACAUAUAAUGACACCGAUAAACGACCUGCAGGAAUCGAGCUGUUUGUUGGACGGUAACUCCUACUAACCUUUUACCUGGUUCUGAGUAAUGGGAGUUGUAAGACAGCGAGCUGUUUGCCCCUCACAACCCUUUCUCCUUCGUUAGUGUGGGUGCUCCGGAUGCCGUUAUAACCAUGUAAUGCUAGACCAGCUCUCCUAUUCCUGCUGUUAUACCGCAUCACGUGGCAUUGACGUCAGAACCGUUAUUGCAGCCGAGCUGUCCGAGAGAAGAUGCCUGUGACAUCUUAUCAUUCCACUGAUACAUGGAUUCUUGUAUGGAAAGAACACGACCGUUAUUACUGUCAUUAUUUACCUGGGACCCACAUCCCGCUACAUUGUAACAUCUAACGAGCUGGACUAUCUUUAAUUACAUGAUUCACCCCUUUAUCUGUCAGUCUGUGUAUAAAACAAUCAUUAUAUGGCAAACAGUAGGUUUACAGUGAUAUAAAAGCAGAUAUUAUUAUAGCUCUCUGUCUGCCUCUCGGUCUUUCUUUGUUAGUGUUUUUUUUUCUCUCUUUGUCAAUCUCUGUCUAUAUCUCUGUCUGUCUGUCUCUUUUUGCCUCUCUCUGUUUUUUCACUCUCUCUCUUUACCUGUUGGUCUCUCUCUGUUUUUUCACUCUCUCUCUUUACCUGUUGGCCUCUCUCUGUUUUUUCACUCUCUCUCUUUACCUGUUGGUCUCUCUCUGUUUUUCACUCUCUCUUUUUACCUGUUGGUCUCGCUCUGUUUUUUCACUCUCUCGCUUUACCUGUUUGUCUGUGUUUUUCACUCUCUCUCUUUACCUGUUGGUCUCGCUCUGUUUUUUCACUCUCUCUCUUUACCUGUUGGUCUCUCUUUGUUUUUUCACUCUCUUUACCUGUUGGUCUCUCUUUGUUUUUUCACUCUCUCUCUUUACCUGUUGGUCUCUCUUUGUUUUUUCACUCUCUCGCUUUACCUGUUGGUCUCUCUUUGUUUUUUCACUCUCUCGCUUUACCUGUUGGUCUCUCUCUGUUUUUUCACUCUCUCGCUUUACCUGUUGGUCUCUCUCUGUUUUUUCACUCUCUCUCUUUACCUGUUCGUCUCUCUGUGAAUGCAUAGUAAAUGCAUAGUGAAUGUAUAGUGAAUGUAUAGUGAAUGCAUAUUGAAUGUACAGUAAAUACAUAGUGAAUGCAAAGUGAAUGCAUAGUGAAUGCAUAGUGAAUGUAUAAUGAAUACAUAGUGAAUACAUAGUGAAUACAUAGUGAAUGCCUAGUGAAUGCAUAAUGAAUCCAUAGUGAAUGCAUAAUGAAUGUACAGUGAAUGUAUAAUGAAUGCAUAGUGAAUGCAUAAUGAAUGUAUAAUGAAUCUACAGUGAAUGCAUAAUGAAUGUAUAGUGAAUGCAGAGUGAAUGUAUAGUGAAUGUAUAGUGAAUGCAGAGUGAAUGCAGAGUGAAUGCAGAGUGAAUGCAUAAUGAAUGCAGAGUGAAUGUAUGGUGAAUGCAUGGUGAAUGCAUGGUGAAUGCAUGGUGAAUGCAGAGUGAAUGCAUAGUGAAUAUAUAGUGAAUGCAUAGUGAAUAUAUGUGCACAGUGCACAGGACGCCAACAUUGACAAAGCUCGAUGGAAACAUAUUGCUCCAUGUUUAGAGACGAGCAGACUAAUCUCUCAAAUGACUGAAAUAAAAGAACUUCCAGUCGAUACAGAUGGUCUAUUUCGUGAAAAGAUACCGAAAGUCCACAAGAUACAGUGUAACCAGAUUUCUAGACCAAGCAUUGUCAGUGACGAUAAUCGAUUUUUACCCACAGAAAGAUGUAGUUAAGGUAAAAUCACCACUGGAGGUCGCUAAAUGUGCAUUUCAGCUUUAACCCCUUAAGGACACAUGACAUGUGUGACAUGUCAUGAUUCCCUUUUAUUCCAGAGGUUUGGUCCUUAAGGGGUUAAAGGAACACGAAAUUCCCUGACUUAUUAAUACAAAUCUAAUUUAGUACUAAUUACGCAUUGCUGUGAUGCUUUAGCCUUCACUCAUUGACUCUGUAAAGGCACCAGCGGUUAUUAGUAAACAUUUGUUGAAUUAAUUAGAAUGUAUUAAUUAAUAAAAUCCCAACAUAUUAUCUCUGUAAUCAAUGUAUUGAUAUGUGAGGAAGCUCCCGGCGCAGUAUUGGUGAUUUUAAUAAUGAUGCAUUCUAAUUAUUGGUUCUUACCCUGAAACGUCUAGUAAUUACCAUUUUACUCCUAUUUGGAGAUCGGGCUAUUUAUCAAUGCUGCCAUAUUGCAUAGCGACAGAUCACAGAAAAUAAACGACCGCUGCGAAUCAGAAAGAUCUCUUUCAGGAAACGUCCACUGAAAACAGGGAACCUUCAGAUAAAUGACACAAUGGAAAGAUAAAAAUAUAACUGAUUAAAAAAAAGGAGAGAAAGUGAAGCGAAUAUUAUAUUUGUCUUAUUUUUAGAAAAACGUGAUUUGUGACUCGUCUCGCCUCUCAGACUGCACAGAAUAUGCUCACAUACUCCAUAUCCUGGCACAGAGCUGCAAAGAAGGGGUGAAAAGACAUUCCCAGAGCGGGGAGCCAGAAUAACUCGACAACUUGCAAUCACCCAAAAAACAGGAGAAAACUCUGAUUGAAAAUACUGAAAUGCUGAAUUAUUGCCGGGCCAGCUGAAACCACCUGUAUGUAUCUAUCGUAUGUAUGUAUGUAUCUAGCGUAUGUAUGUAUCUUUCGUAUGUAUGUAUGUAUCUAGCGUAUGCAUCUAUGUAUGUAUCUAUCGUAUGUAUGUAUGUAUCUAUCGUAUGUAUUUUAUGCAUCUAUCUAUGUAUCUAUCGUAUGUAUGUAUCUAUCUAUCGUAUGUAUGUAUUGUAUAUAUUGUAUGUAUGUAUCUAUCUGUGUGUGUGUGUAUGUAAUGUAUGUAUGUAUUGCAUUGUUUGUGUGUGUGUAUGUAUUGUAUGUAUAGAGAAGGACAUACUGUAUGCACUUGCUACAUUUUUUAAGGUUAGGUUUAGGGUUUAAGUUUGGGCUGGGAUUCAGGUUAGGCCUAAGGUUAGGGCUCGCUUAGCAGAAACCAUGUCUCAAUUCCUUCACACUAUUUAAAUCUCAAAAUGGAAGAUAGAGGGAUAUAUGAUGUCAUUUCUCGCAUGGUGUCAACUUACAGAGAAAGAAAACAGAGACACAGGGCCGGCGCUUCCUAUAGGUCAACUUUACUUCGGCUUUACUGCUCUACUCGUUUUGCGACCCCUCUAUGUUUGAAUAAUUAUACAAAUCAUGCCACCGCCCAUGUUACCGGGUGCUAAGGAGCUCUUACAUGGCUGCUGACUAGCGCCCGAUGUAACACUGGUCCAGUGGCAUCCACUUCAGCCUGCUCAGCCAGGACCCGCACAAUUACUUCCAUUGACGCAGCAGUGCAAGGGCACUUCAAUUUCUCGCUCCCGCCCCUUACCCUAAACAUGGGAACAAGUGGGCGGGAGCAUAGCAGGGGCGGGGCUGAGACGGAGUGAAGGUGGCCAGGCACAGGGAUGCUGUCAGAAACACAUGAAAAACAGUAAAAUAUGAAAAAAGGUAAGUGGGUCAAUGGGACAUCACAGUAUGUAUUUGUGAAGAAUUUGUGUUUGUGAAUUUCAGUCUGUAUGGGUCAGUGAUUGCCUGUAUGGGUCAGUGUGUGAGUGUAUAAGUCAGUGGGUGUCUGUAUGUGUGUGCAUGGUCAGUGUUUGUCUGCAUAGGCGUGCGCAGCCCAUUGCAUAAGGGUGUGCACCCUAAAGCACAAACACACACGCCGCAUAUAGUGGAAAAUUUAUUCAUACUUACCGUAAUUUUCUUUUCCUGGCUAUUAUUCAUGGCAGCAUAUACACAUGGGUUAGCUCCUCCCCUACAGCCGAUAGGACAGGAAAACCACCAAGGUUUUAAAAGGAGGCUCCAUCCCUAAGGUCCUCAGUCAGUUUACAAGCUCUACAGUACAUAAAUAGAGACAUUAAUGGGAGGGAAGUAUAUGCUGCCAUGAAUAAUAGCCAGGAAAAGAAAAUUACGGUAAGUAUGAAUAAAUUUUCCACUUUCCUGGCUAAUCAUGGCAGCAUAUACACAUGGGGAAUACCCAAGCUUACAAAGGGAGGGACAGAAUAGCCAAUCAAAUUAUCAGAAUAAUUCAACAUAGAUAGAAGAAUGAACUGAGUUAAGUACUUGAGUACCAAAUUGUGCAUCAUAGACUGUUUUAACGAACAGUAUGAAAUGCCAGACAAACGUGUCUAAAGGAGGUUCAAAUGCUAGCUUACAAAAAGUGUCAGCAGAAACCAUUGCCAUGGCAACCCAUGAUGCUGCAACAGCAUGAGAGGAGAGUGCCCUGAUACCCUCCAGCACAGGUAGAGAACGGACGUGACGUCCAAAUUGUGCCUCGUUAAUUGCUUCAAUGUCCAAUAUGUAAUGCAGGACAAACUAGUUCAAAGAGGUCAAAAUGCCAACUUUACAAAGUUUCAGCAGAGACCAUUGCCAUGGAAGCCCACGAGAUGCUGUAACAGCACUAGUGGAGAAUGCCCCAAAUCCUUCGCUACAGGUAGAGAACGGCAUUGAAAAGCUCUCACUUUGGGCACGAUCACUGGUGCUACGUGCAUGACAACCAUCUCCUGUUGAAAUUCAGUGAAUGGGGGUACACAGGAUCAAGCCUGGAGUUCACCCAUUUCCCUUGCUGGGGUGCCAGCCACCAGCACUGUCUGUGCUACCACCAUGGAAGCUCCUUCUAGAGGUUCGAAUAAUGGUUCAGUCAGGGCCCGUGAGACCAGUGGUACAUCAUAUAUUGGCUUCACCACACUCAGUGGAGGCAUGAUUUCAAUCAAUGCCUAUAUGAAGCAAAGUGCAGCAAGUGCACACAUUCACCCUGCUGAGGUACCAGUCACUAGCAACAGCAACGUCUGGGCUAACAUCAUGGAAGCUCUUGCUAGAAGUACAGUCAGAGUCUGUGAGACCAGUGGUACAUCACAUAUUGGUUUCAACACCCUCAGCGGAGGCUUGAGUUCAGUUGUUGCUUACAUGAAGCAAAACACCAGGGGCAUCAACGCUCAAUCGGUACCCUUCAGUACAGGUAGAGAAUGACAUAGAUAAGCAUUCACCAAAGGCAGGAUCUUCAGGUGCCAAAUGCAAGACGAUCAUAUCUGUUGAAAAGUAGUGAAAGGGGGUUCACAGGACCAAGCCUGGAGUUCACCCAUUAUUCUUGCUGGGGUACCAGCCACCAGCACUUUCUGUGCUACCACCAUGGAAGCUCCUUCUAGAGGUUCGAAUAAUGGUUCAGUCAGGGCUCGUGUGACCAUUGGUAUGUCACAUAUUGGCUUCACCACACUCAGUGGAGGCAUGAUUUCAAUCAAUGCCUAUAUGAAGCAAAGUGCAGCUAAGUGUUCCUCUAGAGUGUUAUAACACAGAACCUUUCAAGGCCUGAACGAGGAGUAAUUCCAACAGACAAAAGCAUGUCAAGCUUAGUAAAGCCUGUAUAGGAUUGUAAGAGGAUCUCAAUGACCGUCUCAGGGAUGCCUAUACUAAUAUGGACUCCCGCAUCAACACCAGAACUUGAGGAUCCUGGUGUGUCAUGGGGCCUUGUAAUAGGUCUGGACGUACAGGAAUUUCCCUUGGAGGUUCCAGAAUCAUCUUAUUCAUCAUAGGAAUUAGAGUCGACACGGUCUUCCACUGUCACCUCUUGCAUUGCCUUUUUAAGAAAGUUGAAAACAGGAAAAUAUGUACAUCAUACUAAAAUUCUAAAUUUGAGCCAGUGUAUCCUGAACCUGAGCAUUCUGGUCCUAGCAUGUAAAAAAUACUUCUGGACCUGGUAGUUUCAAGAAAUGGCCAUCAAACAAUCUGCGUCAACCACGAGGAUCCGUAAGGACAUGGUUGCCAAUCCACCUUGGCACAGUUAUUCGGCUCCAGCAAACAGCCAUGGUAUUCUGAGCCACUGGUUGUUCUUCUGUGCCCUGAUCAUUAUGGGCUGGAAUUCCAUCAAUACGUAUCUGUGAUACCCAUCUUGGUAGAUAUAGGAUACAGUUGCAUUGAAAUUUGAGCAAAUUUGGACCCACUCAUUCUUCAGCAAGCCUCUGAAGUGAAGAAGAGCCUAGAAAAUGACUCUUAAUUCCAUACAAAUGAAUGGAAAUAUUGUGCAACAUGGUCCAAACACUGUGCAACCAAUCUUAUAAAAACUGGAAUUCGAGCUAAUAAUUGACCAAUGAGGUUCUGUUCACUGGAAACUCAGAGAUCCAAUCCCUCUUUCAGCAGCCAGGGUAAGGUGCAACUCCACUGAUGAGGACAUAGUAAGUGGCUGGCUCCAAUAAUCUCUCUCUUGUUAGACCAAGAUAGGAAGGAUCUGUAAGGAAUCCAGAGAUGCCAUUGGGCCCCUCUGACAAGUCUGCUGGUGGAAGCCCGGAUUCCUAGUAGUUGCAUCUAUUUUCUUGCUGUUACCAAGCAGAAAUGAAGAAACUGUGAGAGAAAACCUUUAAAAUCUGUGGAACUGUUCCCGAGAUAGGGAAAAGCAGAGCCUAGAAUUUUCAACUCAGGAAUGUCAAUCACUGAGCUGGUCUGAAACUGCUUUUCUUGAUAUUCAUCAAGCAGCCAAACUUUAGGAGUUAUGAAAGAACUAUAUACCUAUGUGUGCCUGCCUUCUGAGGGUCUAAGGCUAUCACAAGUAGAUCCUCCAGAUAAUGGAACCAGGUGGAGUUCUGGACUCUCAAUAACACUAUAAGCACAUAGAAAGAUUCUUGGGGCCGCAUUGAGGCCAAAUGGUAGGGCACUAACAUGGAAGUUCUCUUCUGAGCUAAUGCCGAAGAUCUCUGCAGAUUGGACUGAAAGUAAGCAUCCUUGAGAUAUAUAGAGGUAAGGCAAUUAUCCUUCCAGAUUGCUUGAGAUAUGGAUCUGAUUGACUCCAUCCUGAAGACUAACAUUCAGCCUCUUGUUGGCCUCUCUUAGAUCCAGUGUAGGCUUUCAUGUGCUUUUCCUCUUAGCACCAGAAGAGAGGUUGAAACUUGUCCCUGGAACUGCUCUUGUUCUGGGACCUAAAAAAAAAAUCACCUCUUUGUCAAGAAGGCUUCUUCCUUCAGUGCUUUACCUUUUGAUUCAUUGGUCUUAAUGCUCCUGUUGGUAUGGAGGCCCGUGCCCAUUAAGAAAAAACUCCAGUCUAUAUCAAUCUGGGCCAUGGAUAACACUCAAGCCUCCAGAGUAUGACAAGCCCAGGUAUGUGUAAUCAGAAAAAUGAGGCUCCUAGUAAUGGAAGAGAUAUGUUCAUUGCUGAAGAGCAAAACAACUGCGUUAUAGCUACAUUAGAACCUUUAAAGGCAGGUUUACCAACUGCCAUGAGUUACCUCUGGAGUAUUCCCCGCAGGGCCAGUAGCUUCAUGUAUCUCAGAAAUACUGGUCACUGGAGGUUCUCCGGUCAGACUAUGAGGAGCUGGGAUCCUUGGAACUUCCAUCCUAAGGUACCAAUAUUUUGCAGCCCUCAUUCGCCUUUUCAAUGGAAUUAUCCAAAGUUUUCCCCAAACAGCACCACCCCUUCAAAUAGAAUGGUGUAGAGGGCAGACUUUGAGGAUGAGUCAUCAUCCCAGAAACAGAACCAUAAUGCUUUCUUAGCUGCUAUAGAUAAAGCCAUUUGAUCCACAGACUAUCCUAGUUACAUCUAGGGAAGUUUCUGUGAAGAAGUCAGUUGUAACCAGAAGACUUCAGACUGCCUCUUCAAUCUUGGCCUUUAAUAUCUCUCUUCAUAGUAGCCUUUAGAUCUUUAAUCACAUAACUCAUGUUUGUAGAAACAGCAGCAGAAAUCACAGCUGGCUGGCCUCCUGCAAUGGUAGGCGUAAAAUUUUGGACAGGUCUGCGUCCACCUAUGAUCCAUAAGUGUGCAACUUAGGUGGUGUAGUUCUGGGGUUGGAAAUAACGUCCUCCACAGGGUAAAGCCUGGCCUCUUUUCUUACCCCUGAGGCCUCUGGAACUUACUUUGUAAGCCCUGCCCGCAUGUCAUGUGGCUGCACAGUGAUAGGUCAUGCUGAAGCGACAACCUUCUGGAGGCAGUCAGUGCAUAACCGAUUCCUUCCACUGUAUUCUCCUCAUAUCCAGAUCCUGGUGAAGAAUCAGACACCUGACAAAUAAUAACAACUAAAUAUUACCUGUGGUAAAGUAUUAAGAAAAAAUGUGCACUGUUAAAUUCUAUAAGAAACCAGCGAAACCACUUUAAAACAGGCUAAAGACAGCACUUAUCCAUGUCUGGAGACCCUGCAAAUACUUACCCAAUAAGUGUAUGUUUACUGUAAUUUUCCCUUUAUUUUAGGCACUUUCUGGCAAUUGCCCUUAUCCAAGAUGGCUGCCACAACUUGUAUUCCCACAAUGCAAGUCCUCUGUAUUAGGCCCAAUAAGGCACAAACUGCACACAUGUGGGCCUAUUCUGAGUGUGUUUGCUGUUAGAGACCAGGGAGAGGACUCUGUCUGAAGCCAACAUGGCCCCUAAACACCCAGGGAACCAGGAAUAAAUCACUGGGACCGAGGGGAAGCAACAUAGAUAACAAAAGUGCCUGCAAGGAAGUUUAAAUGGCAACCAGGAGCAAAAAAUCAAUUUUAAAGGCACCACAGUCUAAAGGCCGCAAGGUUUAAAAGGUAACACAGUUUCCAAAAUGUAUCACAGUUUCCAAAAUGUAUCACAGUUUUCAAACAAACUGCAGUCGUCAAUGACAUGCAACUUUAAAUGAAAACAGUUUUAAAUGCAACACAGCUUAAAUGCUUCCUAGUAAAAGCACAACCGCGUUAUGUACCACAAUCUUAAAAAUAAGGUACAGAUGUAUAAUGCACUAGUUUAACCUCUUAAGGACACCUGACAUGUGUGACAUGUUAUGGUUCCCUUUUUAUUCCACAAGUUUGGUCCUUAAGGGGUUAAAGAUAUCAAAGCUUAAAUGCAUCACAGCAUAAAAGCACCACUGCAUAAUGUACUACAGUAAAACAGAAAAUAAAGUAAUGAAGAUAAAACAACAUACAUGUCCAUAAGUAAAGGGAGCAAAUUGCUCACGUCCUAAGGGCUGUAGGACAGGAAAAAGACUGAGGACCUUAGGGAUGGAGCCUCCUUUUAAAACCUUGGUGGUUUUCCUGUCCUAUCGGCUGUAGGGGAGGAGCUAACCCAUGUGUAUAUGCUGCCAUGAUUAGCCAGGAAAUAUAUAUAUAUAUAUAUAUAUAUAUAUAUAUAUAUAUUUACAUACAUAAUUAAUACAAUGUGAGGGUGGUGUGUGUGUGUGUUAGGGUGCUGUGUGUGUGAGGGCACUGUGUGUGUGUGCUGUUAGUGUGUGUGUAACGCUCACUUCUCGCGAGAGGAACCCGGCGGAGCUACUGGCUAGAGCUCCCCGGGUCCUCUCCUGCCUCCGUCUAUGCUGAUGUGGGCCGGUGAGGGAAUUCUUUCAUCUCCCUCACCGGCCCACUGAGGGAGGCAUAUAGUGCAUGCCGCGGGGAUUAGGGUGUGCCCAGGCACACCCGGCACACCCCAUGCGCAUGCCUAUGUGUGUCUGCAUGGGUCAGUGUGUGCCGGCAUGGGUUAGUGUGUGUCUGUAUGUGUGUGCAUGGGUCAAUGUGUGUCUGCAUGGGUUAGAGUGUGUCUGUAUGUGUGUGCAUGGGUCAGUGUGGGUCUGCAUGGGUUAGUGUGUGUCUAUAUCUUUGUGCAUGGGUCAGUGUGUGUCGGCAUGGGUCAGUGUGUGUCGGCAUGGAUCAGUGUGUGUCAGCAUGGGUGAGUGUGUGUCGGCAUGGGUCAAAAUGUGUCUGCAGUAUCGGUCAGCGUGUGUCUGCAUGUAUCAGUGUGUGUCAGUGUAUGUGUCUGCAUGGGCCAGUAUGUGUGUCUGCGUGAGACAGUGUGUAUGUGUGUGUCUGCAUGGGUCAGUGUGUGUGUGCGCGUCAGUUUGUAUUCAUCAGUGUGUGUGCCUCAGUCUGCUUGGGUCAGUGAGAAUGCAUCAGUCUGCAUGAGUGGGUGGAGCAAAUGGGGCAGCAAAAAGCCUUGCUCCAGCCCUGGAAGUGACCAGUUCUCUGAGAAUAUCAGCUAGAAUGCAGAUAAUACCGGCCAAUGCAAGGAAAGAUUAUAGGAUGCAUUUAGACUCAGUUAAUGGUAAAUAUAUAUUAUGGUGAACGUAGAGCAAAGAUGGCGUAGGCACUCACUAUAGUAUACAAUGGGUGGCAGUGGUAAAUCGAUAAGGAUUCCCAAAAACCUUGUGUAAAGACACAAUAUAUGUUACAACAAUCAGUUAUAAACCGCGCCUAAUGGUGAAACAGAUGUAAAACGGUGUGUUUUACUUUUUUUUACUUCUGAGAUUGACAUACUACACCAUCAAAGUUUCCCCUUGUGUUUUAUUGUUUAUAUAUUGGAACACUACGUACACCAUCUGGAGGAUCUUUAUACAUCCUGAGACGGGGCUUGUACCGUCCAAUCGAAAAAAAAGCAGAGCUCUAAGUAGCUCAGAAAAGUGUGAGUUAGUCCUCUUAAACAUUUAUAUAGGAUACGCACUUAAAGUGACAUAUUGCACUGUUAUAGGUUUUAUUUGUGGGGGUUUUCUUGAGCAUUUAUUCACUGAAUAUAUUAUGGUGUGAUCGAGUCAGUGUGACUGAUUGUAUGAGUGUGUGAGUGCGUGACUGAGUGAGACUGCCUGUGUGAGUGUGACUGAGUGUGAGUGUGUGAGUGCGUGACUGAGUGAGACUGACUGUGUGUGUGUGACUGAGUGUGAGUGUGUGAGUGCGUGACUGAGUGAGACUGACUGUGUGUGUGUGACUGAGUAUAUGAGUGUGUCUAAGUGUGACUGAGUAUGUGAGUGUGACUGAGUCUGUGAGUGUGACUGACUGACUGUGUUAAUGAAUGCGUGAGUGUGACUGAGUGAGUGUGUAGCUGUGACCUUUAUAUAAAAAUAUAUGUACAUUUCUCUUUUGAUAUUAAAUUACAUAAAUUAUAAUGGACUGACGGACACUGGGUGCGUCAUGUCACCCUCUCGAAGGACAAGCUCACCCCUAAAUUCACACAUUUCAUAGAAUUUUGUCCUGUAAUGUCCAAUACCUUCUUAGAUCAGUAACGAAGUGUCGCUAUAAGCUAAUUGUCACGGGGAUUUGUGUCCCUGUUACUGAAUAUGAUAUAAGAGACCAGGUACAGAAUGUUCUUAAAUACUGGCAAUGCUUUAUGUAACCAAACCCCACCCUUGGUUUUACGAGGCUGAAUGAUAAUCCCAGGAAGAUUCCAUCACGCAACGAUAAAUGUUUCACUAGAUCACCUGAUUAAACAUGGAAUUACUAAACUGCUUUGCAAAUUGUCAAUAAUGCAGGGAGCUCAGACAGCUCCAGUGACCGCCUUUAGAAAGAAUAUCACUUCCUCCUAAAUCACUGUUCAUGCCGAUAAGGCCAUGCAGUGCUUAUAGUACAACAGGAAAGAGUACAAACAACACUUCACGGCCUGCCACAGUAUCCAAGUUUGUAAAUAGAACGUUACUGGCUAUUGUGACAGGAGGGGGCAUAGCUGUGUUAGGGUAGUGCCAGUCAGACAAUGUCUGAAAAUCUCUGGCCUGGUGUAUAAUAAGCCCGUUUAAGGCUCCCUUUAGAGAUUCUUUUUUUCAGGGCACUAUAGAAAAAGCAAAGACGACAGGACUGUUGUUACAAAUCCAGGACUGUUGGGCAGGGUGUAGUUUUAAUAAAUGUUGCAUUUUGAAUUUUAAAAACACCUUAUUGCACUGUAUAUAUACUAGUGUCCUUAUAUCUAUGUAUAUAAUGUAAUGACUAUGGACAUUAUUGAAUAUUGGAUCGCCAAUGCAAUAAUAUUGCUGACUCUACCAAUACUAUACAUGCCCCCAGUACCUUGUCUGCCAGAGUGCCCACCAGCUUACCAUCUGCCCAUGCUUGUGUCUGUGAGUUCUAAACGUAACCAUGGCAAUGUUCUAUGGAGAUCCCGAUACAGUCUGUUCCCGACUGACUGAAAUUAAAACCACAACAAUUAUUAUUAACAGACACUGUAGCAAACAUAAAUAACUGUAACGGGACAUGUGUAAACCAUAAAACACUUUAACGGUGGACUGGCGUACUUUGUAUAUAUAGGUGAUACUCCCCUAGGAUUGUUUUAAUUUUAUUGUUUUAUUUUACUAUGCUGUCUUCUGUAUGUUGUAUUUUACUAUUUGUUUAAUAAAGAUAACAUUUAAAAAUAGGGUUUUUUAUGACAUAACACACAGGUAAAGCUCUCCAUAUAUUCAGAUUCAGAUACAAUACGUUUUGGUGUUUGGUGAAUAGAUCCCUAAAUGUAAAGUUCUAUGAGGCUUGUAUCUGCUUUAUGAGUGUUCCUUCAAAUUGCUGUUUUUUUUAGAUGGUUGGCCAGGCUGUAAACCCUUCACAAUAUCGAUACAAGUCAUCAUUAGAUUAUUCUCGACUUGCCGGUGAUGGGAAUCUAUGACUGACUAACGCAGGAGAAAAUAGGACAAUUGUGUGAUAUCUGAAGCUCUGCGGGAUAGAUGCUAUUUAAACAGAUCUUGAGGUUAUGUCACAGUUAAUAAUAUUUCCCUAUUCACUGCUUGGUUUGGAAUCUAUUUAAGGGCUAUUUUUGGACUCAGUAAUGUGAAGAUGUGGUACCACGCAAGGAGAAGAAUUUCGGCCUUUGCAUUUCCACUAUAAUCAAAAGGAAGAAAAUGUUGCAAUUUACUUGAAAGCCGGCUGUGUCCCACCAUGGAAGUGCAGGAAAUAGUUUCUUCAUGGGUAAAUUGAUGUAAUGUACCGUACCUCAAACAUGGACUUAAAAAGAUACUCGCAGACACAUUUACUAAUGGUCUAAAUUCUUUUAUACUAUCACACAGAACAAAGGACAGGCCUGGGGAAUGAUGCUCACAUGGUCUUAAACCUGCAAUGAAAGCAUUAUAGUAUCUGAAAAACAUGAUUUACAUUGCAGGGCUGACGGGGGACAGGCAGGAAUUUUUCCGGGGGGGGGGCGGGGGGGGGGAGCAUAAUUGUAAUGACAUCCAUGCUUGGUCCCUUUUUGACAGUGUCAUGAAGGGGAGGAGCAUAGUUAUCACAUAAAGCCAGGGUGAAUAGCAUUUUCACAACUAUGGUGUCAGGAAUAUAUGUUUGUAUUCCUGACACUAUAGUGUUCCUUUAAGCAAAUUAAAGGAACAUUCUGCUCACCAUAGCAACUUCAUCUAAAUGAAAAUGCUAUGAUGCCAGGAAGCCCCUUGGUGCUCUCUUUCCUUUAAGGGGUUAAACCACUCUCAAAUGGUUUAACCCCAAAGGCUUCCUCCAGCUCCAGGUCGCUCAGUGUUAUUCGGCUUCUGAAACAGAGUGUCAGGAAGUGCAGAUUGACGUCAGGCAUGGGUGCCGCUGAUUGGCUAGAGUGGUCAGUUGAUGCUCUAAGCCAAUCGCUAGUUCCCGGUUCAUAAAAAUGUUUUACUUUUUUAUGAAUGGGGAGCUACUGAUUGGCUUAGAGUGCCAGCUGACCGCUCUAGCCAAUCAGCGACACCCCUCCCCAGCAGCCCUCUGUGCUUCCUGACACUCAGUAAAUAAAUGUGAGCACAUUAACACUGAUAUUUUUUUACCUUGGGAGAUGAGAAGGUCCAAAGUUUCCCUGCCAGGCCCAGGUACCAAAGCCUUAUGAUGUGGUGUCCAGAAUAAAGUGGAGGGUUCACUUGUCCUUCCUGCUCCAAUCUCCUUUUCUUCUCCUUCGUUUGACACAGUCUUCUUUUUCUUCUGACACUGUCUUCUCUCCUCCUUGGCUCCUUCUGCUCCUUUACCUUUCUGCUACUUUCUGCUUAUUGUGCUCCUGUCUCUCUCUGAUCUUUCUGCUCCUUCUCCUACUUUACCUUUGUGCUCCUUGCUGUCACUUUCUGCUCCUUGCUACCCUUUUCUGCUCCUUCUCCUACUUUACCUUUCUGCUCCUUUACCUUUGUGCUCCUUCUGUCCGUUUAUGCUCUUUGCAGACCCUUCCUUCUCCUUGCAGACCCUUCCUGCUCAUUUCUGUUCCUUCGCCUACUUCACCUUUGUGCUCCUUCUGUCCCUUUCCGCUCCUUGCUGCUAUUUUCAGCUCCUUGCUGACCCUUUCAGCUCCUUCUACGUUACCUUUGUGCUGCUUUACCUUCCAGCUCUUUGCUGACCCUUCCUGCUCCUUGCUGACCCUUCCUUCUCCUUGUUGACCUUUCGUGCUCCUUGCAGAUCCUUCCUUCUCCUUGUUGACCCUUCCUGCUCCUUGCAGACCCUUCCUGCUCAUUUGUGUUCCUUUGUGCUCCUUCUCCUACUUUUAUCUGUUGUGCUCAUUGCUGUCCAUUUCAGAUCCUUGCUGCCCCUUUUUGCCCAUUUCUAUCCCUUCUCCUUUCUGCUCUUUCCUUCUCCAUUCUGCCCCUUCUCUUACUUUACCUCCCCCAUCCCUUACUUACCUGAUCUAUAGGCUGUCUUCCCCCAUCCCUCACUUACCUGAUCUAUGGGCUGUCCCCCCCUACCUGAUCUAUAGGCUGUCAUCCCCCAUCAGUCACUUACCUGAUCUAUAGGCUGUCUCCCCCCAUCCCUCACUUACCUGAUUUGUAGGCUAUCCCCAUCCCUCACUUACCUGAUCUGUAGGCUGUCUCCCCCAUCCCUCACUUACCUGAUCUGUAGGCUGUCUCCCCAUCCCUCACUUACCUGAUCUGUAGGCUGUCUCCCCCAUCCCUCACUUACCUGAUCUGUAGGCUGUCUCCCCCCAUCCCUCACUUACCUGAUCUGUAGGCUGUCUCCCCCAUCCCUCACUUACCUGAUCUGUAGGCUGUCUCCCCCAUCACUCACUUACCUGAUCUGUAGGCUGUCUCCCCCAUCACUCACUUACCUGAUCUGUAGGCUGUCUCCCCCAUCACUCACUUACCUGAUCUGUAGGCUGUCUCCCCAUCCCUCACUUACCUGAUCUGUAGGCUGUCUCCCCCAUCACUCACUUACCUGAUCUGUAGGCUAUCUCUGCCCCCCAUAUGCCUAAUUUCCCUGAUAUGUAGGCUAUCUCUGCCCCCAUCCCUCACUUCUCCUGAUCUGUAGGCUCUCUCUGCCCCCACGCCUCACUUCCUUGAUCUGUAUAUCUCUGCCCCACCCCAUGCCUCACUUCCUGAUCUGUAGACUGUCUCUGCCCCCCCCAAUCCCUCACUUACCUGAUCUGUAGACUGUCUCUGCCCCCCCAUGCCUCACUUCCCUGAUCUGUAGGCUGUCUCUGCUGGCUGCAUGUGUUGCUCCCCUGCAGAUUCAGUCAGAGAGAAGCAGGGAUAAGAUGUAGCUUCCUAUCCCUGUCUCUCUCCAUACACCUACUAGCCAGCACCGGUAUUGCACUGUAUUUUCAACCUCACACGAAAAUUAGCAGAACCAGCUGAAAAAUGCAGGGGGGGGGGGGCAAGUGGCCCCCCUUGCCCUCCUUUGUGGACGCCCAUGGGGUCAGGGACACUGCAAGCAGACCACGUCAAUGAGAGGAAGUGAUCUGGGUGACUAUAAUGUCCCUUUAAAGACAUAUAACUGUAAGUAUUAAUGUUAGACACUCCAACAAUAUGAAUCUCCUAGAAAAGAGUGACAGAGGGAUUUAGACCCAAAUACGACUGCACCUCCUAAAUAGGGAACAUUGGGAGGUAAACAGUACUGAAAAAUUAGUACAAUUGGUUCAAAACACAUCUCGCAAACCUGUUUAAAACUUCCAGAUUGCAUUAUUCAUAGCCAGCAGUUCAUCUCCUUCUUCUGAGCUUGAUAAACUUAGUACAAUUGAGUUGGGUAAUAAUAAGAUAUUUCUUUUCACCAGCUGAUAAUUUAGUUAACUAUGAAAACAAUACGUUUUGUAAAAGUGGUAUUUUUUUUUUAUUGUUAUUGCAACAUGAAUAUAUUAUUUAUUGAAAUAAUGUCCCAUUCUCUUUGCAUCAUAAACACCUGAAUAAAUGCAGAUUUUUUUUCCCUAAACAAUAUUAGAUUUAAACAGGACGUAUCACUAAUUAUGGAAAUAUGUGGCUGGGGUUAUUUUUUUUUUUUUUUUUAUUCAUCUCUUUGAAUUGGUUAUAGUGCCUGGAGUACCCUGGCACUGUCCCUCCAUUCAGUGUUGCACCAUGUUCGUGCAGUAUGCCACAAAAUAAGAGUCCCUGGCCACCCACAGUCCAGCCCUUUCUGUAUGUGUAGCUAAGGCAAAGAUUACACACUUCCUUGUUGUCAUACCCAUUCAUACCGUCAGUUGGAACUCUGACAGGCUAAAAGCAGUCAGCUGACACUCUCAGCCAAUCACAGCUGCCCAUGGCUGCUCAGGGUAAUACUUCCUUAUUAGCCAAAGCAGCACAGAGCAUUAAAACAUUAAAAGUUUAAAAACUGUUUAAUGCUGAAAGAAAUGAUGGUACCAGAGGACUCCAGACACUAUAACCAGUUUAAUGAGAUGAAGCAGAUACAGUGCCUACGGUGUCCCUUUAAAUAACCCUCGGUGGCAUGAGGGUUAAUUAUGUGGCAGCUGGCCAGUGCUUGCUAUCAAGCCAUCUCACUCAAAACGUUUUCAAAAGAAUAAUUAAAUAAAUAAAAAGGGAUGUAUUUCACCCCUCUAUGCCUCCACAUGCAAUGCGUCAGGUCGGGGCAUAUCUCCUAAAUGUCUAAACCUGGCAACUGAGCAGUCACUAUAUAGGCCCCAUCCCAUAGCACCCCUCCCCCACCCAUCAGGGGGAGAUAUAAACAAUAAUAAGGGGCUGGACAGAUCACUGUCUGCCCCCAUGUCUCCACCCAAAGCCAGCAGGUGGUAAAAUUUACAAAAAUAAACAAAGGGUAUAUCCUUAUGUCCCCAGCCCCCACCUAUAGUCAGCGGGUGGGGGCACUAAUUAUUAAGAGAGGAGAACCUAGUGUACAGUCCAGCCCCCACCCAUAAGCGUGAAGGGUAAAGGCUCUUGGUAAUAAAGCAAGGGGGGCUGGACAUGCUAUUUUGCGCCCCCUGAAUAUUGAUAUGUACACACCCCACUCCUCCACCCAGCUAGCCCCCCAGCCAUCUAGCCAUCCCCCAUUAAAAAUAAAUGAAAUAAAUAAAUACAUUUACAUACCUCCCCUCACCACAGUAAUAGUGAGAGGGAAGCAAAAAAUCAAAUAUCUGUGAAAAAAAUAAAUAUAUACUUACCUAUCUAAAGUCUUCGUUCUUUCGAAAGAAUAACAAAUCCAUAAAUCCCAAUUUUACUAAUGAAAAUAUUUUUUUUUAAAACUCCAAAAAUAUUCAAAAUGCGUUGCAAAAAACCCAAUGAAUCUCUCUUCACCCAAUGAGGUCACGUUAUCAAAGUGCUCUGACAGCCAAUCUCACGUGAAGUGGCUUGUACCUCUGCCAGUGGGUUAAUAUUAUUAGGUUAUUAUAUGACAGUUUAUGUUGACUCACUUGAAUAGUGAAAUUGCCUCUUCCAGCAGUUUUCACUGAGAUAAUAAAAAGCUUGUUUGUUAUAAUGUUUUAAUUAUUCUUAUCUUUAUUAUUGAUGGUUUACCGAGGCAUAUAAGAUGUUAAGUAUUCAUUAUAUGCCCCUGAAAUAGUUAGGUGAUACAUAUAAUGAUACACUGCUGCAAUAUUAGGAGUGGCUAAACAUUGUAUCUUUAUCUAUAGACACAUUAUUUAUCUGCCCCUGGAGCUCAGUUUGAGAAAGGUGACAAUUAUUAUUCUAUUUUUGGAGCGCUCACAUUCAGUGGGUUAAUAGUAUGUAAAAUUAUUAUCCGCUUCCAUGAAAGCAAAUGAACGAUAAUUGACAAACCUGCGUCCUCCUGGAUACAUUGACUCCCGAAUUUAAUGAAAACUGGUGCUUUAUGAAUCUAAAAAUACUUUGUACAGGAUUCUUACGCGAAAGUGGCAAUUUAAAUCCAGACACUGAAUACCUCUGGGUGAUUGCUGCACAUUCACUUGGGCUGACCGAAUUCUGAUUUCAUGGCUGUAGUAAAUAUGAGAAUUGUCAUUGUGGUCCGAAUAUGGUAAUUUUCACUGGAUUUUGUCCAUCCAGAUAUAAUCCUGUGUUCAGUGAAUAACCCAGUAAUAAAACCAUUUGAACAAACAAAUUGGGUUCAGCAUAGAGUUUUGUAGUGCAGGCCACAUAUUACGUAACUGACACUCACGUUUUACCCCACGAGAGCAGGUUUGGGGGGGCAGGAUGUUUGAAAUGUUGCUUUGUUUAAAUGAGGCUCCAUCCGCCUUAGAAUAUUUAGAAUUAUACGAUCAUAACCUACACUUUACACUUUGCAACUUGUCUGUUGAUGUUGAACAGCUCAAUAUAAAUCAUUUGCAAAUAAAAUCUAAAUUAUUGUCACUGGAAUCUUAUAUUUGAGACCUGCUCAGUCAGAACAUGACGGUGUGUAGUGUUGCAGUUGGUGAGAAGCUCCAUAACAGCUAUUAACCCCUUAAGGACACAUCACAUGUGUGGCAUGUCAUGGUUCCCUUUUAUUCCAGAAGUUUGGUCCUUAAGGGGUUAAGGGGUUAAUAUGUGGAUGAGUAUCAGAAUCAGCUGGUUUACUGAGGUCUUUUUCUACCUCUUAACGUCCUCUGUAACAAUCUCGUUCUCUGUAUCCGCAGCUAACCUGGCGUCUACGGACAUUAUGUUCUUAGUGUGCUGUGUGCCCUUUACUGCCACACUGUAUCCGAUGCCCAGCUGGGUGUUUGGCGACUUCAUGUGCAAAUUUGUGGCCUACUCUCAGCAGGUAAGUUACUAACUCUGUCCUUUAAUAAUACAGAACAGGAGAUCUUUAAUCAAAAUAAUUCCUGGUCAAACAGCAUGGGCGUGGGGAAGAGUGCCCUUUCAGUCAGAUUAAAUGGGCCGACACGUUAGCAAACACGUAAAGUCCUCUGGUUUUUAAUCAUUAUUAUUAAAGUGGACAGAUGAAACAAAGUGACAUUUGUAGCAAAUAUCAGGAUAUGCUAUUUUAUGACUAUAGGUUAUCGCCAUUAAAGCGACUCUGUCACCUUCUGGGGUCGUUCUAUAUUUGGCAAAGACCCCCAAUGGUGACUUGCUGGGUGGGUGGGUGGGUGGGGGAUUGGGAGAGCAGAGAAAGCUGUCCCUUUUUGGCUGCCGUCAUCGAGGGGACAUCAGCCAGGGCCCAGGUCAGUGCUGCACGCUAACGCAUGUGCAAGAGUACAAUGUCUGGGAAGGAUCCCACAAGACUGUAGGAGCCUCCAUAGACAAUGCUGGGAAAGUGAGAAAACGUGGCGUUGGCAGUCCGCCUCUUGUCAAGCUUUGGCAAGCGGAUGGAAAUUACAAGACACACAGUAUGCUUUGUCAUUUCUUUUAACUGAGAUGAAAUUUCAAUGAAAUUUCAAUACAGUCAAUGUGAGUAUUUCAUACAGAACUUGCCUAUAAAUUACUGCACUGGAGACUGAAUAGCAUUGAUGGAUAAAACAAUCUCCUGUUCACCAGGAGGUAAUCAAUGUUUCAAACUGUCUUAUUUUGACCCAAAUUACGACUUUUUAAACCAAACGAACAUUUAUUAAUAAAGGGUUAUUAACUAAAGUGAGAAUUCAAAGUAAGUUUCUAAUUUAAGUCCAAACUAGUUGACAUGGAAUAAGUCAACUAUGCCUCUACUGCUGCUGCUUUGACCUUAAAUUAGACAUCACUUUGAAUUCACUCUCAAUUCUGACCUCACUGAAUAACACUGUGAACUGCGUCUCAUACAUACAUACACACACACACUGGAUCCCCUACACACACACUGGAUCUCGUGUAUACACACUAUAUCCACCGUACACUCACUCAACUACCUACAUACACCCUGUAUAUAUAUGCACACACUACAUUCACUGUACACACACACACUGGAUCUCGUAUAUACACACACUAUAUCCACUGUACACACACACUCAACCCCCUACAUAGACCCUGGAUCCUGUAUAUAUGCAAACACUACAUUCAAUGUACACACACACUGGAUCCCCUACACACACUGGAUCCUGUAUAUACACACACACACUGGAUCCCUUACACACACACUGGAUCCUGUAUAUAUAUAUAUAUACACACACACACACACACACACACUGGAUCCCCUACACUCACACCUGAUCCCCUACACUCACACACUGGAUCCCCUACACACACUGGAUCCUGUAAAUACACACACACAUACCGGAUUCACUGGAUUCCCUACACACACACACACACACACACUGGAUCCUGUACACACACACUGGAUCCUGUACAUACAUACACACAUUGGAUUCCCGUUACAUUCACAAAUUACAGCUAUUGUACACAUACAUACUGGAUCCCCUACAUACACUGACAUUACAAAGGUGUGAGACGAUUGCAGGGUAUUCUGCUAGCGGCCCAGCAAACCCACACCUAUUAUUAGAAGGUCCAGCCAGGGACCCCUAGUUCUUUCAUUAUGUAAACCGGUUGCCCACUAGCAUUUCUAUAAGUUAUCUUUGGAACUCAGAAAAAAAAAAGAAAGAAAUGGGAUCUGUGUGAGAAUGGGUGUAAAAGGGAAUAUACAACACCUCCACACUGAUCCCAUACACCAGGAGGGCACUCCAGCAAUGCCCAAGGGCUUAACCCUAGAUACUAACAACAGAAACAAAAAAGCAAAAAUUCACAAACUGAAUACAAUGCUGGCUGGAGAUAAAGACAUAGGCACCAAAGCAUCCAGUGAAAUGGAACAAUGUAACCAGAGGGAGACCGCGAAAUAUCUGAAAUAACACAAAGUAUCAACACAGAAAUAAACUGACUCUGAAUAAUAAUAAAUACCGAACUAGCCUUAUAAGGAUACUCCCAUGGCUAAGUAAGUGAGGAGAUAAAAUUACUAAACACCUAAUUCUGCAAUAUACAUAUAGGCUUUAUUAAUCCUGGCCCUUUAACGCACAGUGUGUUAGUAAAUCUCCACUUAAUUCCUGAGCGCCGGUAAAAAUGCUAAAGGGAGAAAAGUUACUGUCUAGAGGAUCAGCAGCGCUAAUAAUCAAAGGUAGGACAGAUAAGGUAAAUUAAAGUAAAGAAAGCCUCUUACGGAACGCUGCUAAUCAAUAAGGCUGCCGAGGGAAUUUGAAGGGCUACCACUUGGCUAGUUUAUUAUUGUGGAUCCUUACGGCAUUUUUGUUGAGGGUAACCUAGUGAGGGAGUCUGGGUAGGAGAGGAUAUAUCCUUAUUUAAUAGCUGACAGUUCAAUACUGUGUUCCUGACAUGAUGUACUUAUAAUAACCUACAGUUUUACACUCCGCUCCUGACAGUAUUUUCUGAGUAUGAGAUGUAACUGUACUGACAGCCAGAUAUUAGUCGGAUAUUUUUUUGAUAUCCAUCUCACUGAUAGCCUAUCCGGACAUGCUCAAUUUAACUUCUACCAUACUGAUCAACAAUACAGGCUCAGAUAUAUGACGCCUUAGUAACAGCACGUAAUCCUUAUCUGAGGGAAUCUGAGGGGCUACCAGUAUAUUACUGGCUAUAUUUAUAGUGGGUCCUACUAGCAUUCUGCUGAGGGAGACCUACUGAGGGAGUCCGCUACUUUUAUUUUAGAUUUAUAAUAGCCGUUAGUCCGAUACCUCGUUUUUGACAGUAUGUAUCUAAUAGCUGUCAGUCUGAUACUUUGUUCCUCAUAGUAUAUACUGAGUAUUAGUCGUAACUCUAUUGACAGCCAGACCUUACCGCUAACAGCACCUAAUGGAUAUCAGUCCGUGUUUCACGGAUAGCCUGUCCGUAUACGCUAGAUUUAACCUCUACGAUACUGACAACGGUACAGGCUACAGUAUACGACGCCUUUGAUUUAGCACAUAUUGCUUAUCUGAGGCCAACCUAUUUUCCUUUUUUGCUUUGCUAUUCUGAUGUAUUCUGUUUACUUAGUAAGUUUAAGCCCAUUUGGGCAACUGUAAGAACAGAUUUAUACAGUCACCCCUUAUGGAGAUAAUUAAGACACUAUAGGAAAAGCUAUACUUUAAGCUUCCAAAGGUGUCACUGAGGAUUUUAGUGAUCCCUCUUUAAUAGUGCUAUUCUCCAUUGUUUGUCACUAUAAACGCUCCCCUCUUUUAAUUUUGACAUUUAGUAGACAUACCAUGCAUUUUUAUUCCAAGCAACAUAUUAAAGGUAUUCCACAGUAUUUCAGCAUUGAUAUGCAUAGGUAGAAUCUAAUGCAGUAUUUAUUUUCACUUACACUUUAUUCUUUGCACAGUUACUCUUAUUGGGACUUUAUUCAAUUUUAUUAUGUUUCAGCUCUAUUCAUAAGAAUAAUCUGGUUCCCUGUGGGAACAUUCAUUUUGCUGUUCUAUACAUAGGGUUAGGCCCUUCCAAUUGGAGGACAUACAUAAGGACCUUACCUUAUCUAUAAAUGUUCUAAGAAAGCCUCUCUCCCUGUUAAACUUACUAAAAAGGCAUAGAAGAAAAAAAUUGAAAGGAAAAACUGAAAUCAUAACACAAACGUGUAUCACAGAAUGCAGUGAAGUGCCCGUGUGUGCAAGUUAAAAUUGACCCAUAGAAAAGAGCCUGACGCGCGUUUCGGUGCAUCUUCGUCAGAGGCAGGGAGUUUGUUAUGAUUUAUGAUUUACAUUUUUUCUUCAAUGCCAAUCUAGUAAGUCUCACAAGGAGAGAGGCUUUCUUUAUUUUAUUUUACUUUAUCCGUCUGUCUGCUUUUGAUUAUUAGGGCUGCCAAUCUUUUAGACAGUGACUUUUCUCCAUUUGGCACUUUUUCUGGUGCUUAGUUACUAAGUGGAGAUUUACUAACACCAUAUGCAUUAAAGGGCCAGGAUUAAUAAAGCCUAUAUGUAUAUUGCAGAACUAGGUGUUUAGUAAUUUUAUCUCCUCACUUACUUAGACAUGGGAGUAACCUUAUAAGGCUAGUUCGGUAUUUAUUAUUAUUUGGAGUUAGUUUAUUUUUGCGUUGAUACUUUCUGUUACUUGAGAUAUUUAGUGGUCUCCCUCUGGUUACAUUGUUCCAUACCACUGGAUGCUUUGGUGCCUACGUCGUUAUCUCUAGUCAGCAUUGUAUUCAGUUUGUGAUUUUUUGCUUUUUUGUUUCUGUGUCUUUGGAACUCCCCUGGAUAUUCAUUGCCAAUUCCAUGUAUUUGGAAGGACUCUGUUUUGUGGCCAAAUUUAGACAAUUCUGAGAUGGACUGAGAAACUCAGAAUAGCAAAUUAGAUGAGUAUUCUCUGAAUAUCUGCCUCUGACAAAAUUUUUUGGUUUUUUUGUAAAUGUAUUUUUUUUAAAAGACUUUAAUAUCUGCAAGAUUCUUGUCAGCUUCUACAGCUAAAUUUGGGCCAUAAAAUCGGAUCAAACAAUAAAUACCCUACAGUAACCGUGUACCUUCUAUAUCUAGGUGACAGUGCAGGCCACGUGUAUCACCCUAACAGCGAUGAGCGCAGACCGCUGCUACGCCACGUUGUACCCCCUGAGGUCACUGCGGCAUCGCACCCCAAGGGUGGCCAUGAUUGUCAGUAUCUGUAUAUGGAUAGGUAUGUAUCUGUAUGUAUGGACAGGAAUGAGUAAAAUGGACACAUUCUGAGCCAUAAAACUUAAAAUAUAAAAAAUGAGCUGUAAUAAUACAAUGGCCUGUCAUAUACAAAGAGCUGUAGUGACACGUUAAGUUGUAAUAAUAAAAUGAGCUGUAAUGAUACCAUGAGCUGUAAUAAUACAGUGUGCUGUAAUGAUACAAUGAGCUGUCACAAUACAAUGAGCUGUAAUAAUACAAUACGCUGUAAUAAAACAAUGAGCUGUAAUGAUACAAAGAGCUGUAAUGAUGCAACGAGCUGUAACAAUACAAUGAGCUGUAAUGAUACAAUGAGCUGUAAUAAUACAGUGUGCCGUAAUGAUACAAUGAGCUGUGAUGAUACAAUAAGCUGUAACGAUACACUGAGCAGUAAUGAUACAAUGAGCUGUCACAAUACAAUGAGCUGCAAUUAUACAAUGAGCUGUAAUAAUACAAUGAGCUGUAAGGAUACAAUGAGCUGUAAUAAUACAUGAGUUUAGGUAUCCACCCAAAGAUUCUCUGUGCAAUCUCCAUGGCAGUUGGAAAUAUGGCAACUUUAAAUCAAAUGACCCAUUAUCAGUUCAACAGCACCAGGCCAUAGCACCAUAACCACAAUAAUUAUUACAAAUACAAACGUUGUAAUAAUGUAACAAGCUAUAAUAGUACAAUGAGAUGCCAUAAUACUAUAAACUGUAAUAGUACAAUAAGCAAAACUCUUCGAACUCCCGACAAUUCUCACUUUGAUGAAUAAUCCUGAUUUUGUGUUUUUGUCCCUCCCCCACAGGAUCCCUUCUCCUGUCCACACCUAUCAUACCGUACCAGAGGAUCCAAAAAGGCUAUUGGUAUGGGCCGCGCACUUACUGCAUAGAGCAGUUUCCCACCGAUACGCUGAAGAAAGCUUGUAUCCUCUAUCAGUUUCUGGCGGUCUAUCUUCUGCCGCUGCUGACAAUAUGCCUCUGUUAUUCACUCAUGUUGAAGAGAGUUGGGCAGCCGAUGGUAGAACCCAUGGACAACAAUUAUCAGGUACAAAAACUGUGCUUCUCAUCUUCCUUACAGGUUGGACAAUAUACAAUCAUUAUAAAAACGUUGGUUAUAUAAUAUUACUCAAGGACAAAUAAUGGUCCUUUCUUACAUAGAAUACGUUCCUAUCUAUAUCUUAUAUUAAACUGUAAACCCAUUUAAAGUGUUAGCAGAAGCACAAUUAAAGAAACAUUGAAGUGGUUAUAGUGCCUGGCGUCCCCUGGCACUGUCCCUUCAUUCAGUGUUAAACCGUUUCAGAGUAGUUUGACUCUAAAUAAGGGCCCUACUGGAGGCCCUACACUUCCUUCUAACCAUACCGAUUCAUACCAGCAAUGGGCGCUGUGAUAGGUUAAAAACAGUCAGCUGACACUACCAACCAAUCACAGCCACCCAUUGCUGCACAGGCUAAUACUUCCUCAUUAGUCCAAGCAGCACAGAGGGAAUGGACUGCUGGGGACUCUUACUUAGCAUUUAAAAAUUAAUAAUGGUUUCAUGCUGAAUGGAAGGAUGGUGCCAGUUUACUCAUCACACUAUAACCACUUCAGUGAUAUGAAGCAGGUACCGUUCUUACAGAGUCCAUUAAAUUUUUCCCCCAAUCAUAAUGCCCCAUGGACACUAAAUUGGCGGUAGAGGAGAGCAGUAUGAUAGAGCUUGAUUACUGAUUUUAUCACAUCUAUAGAUUGGAGGACAGCUGUGCUUAAAUUAUUAUUGUUUCUUCCUUGUGCCCGAUCUUAGUAUCUGGGUGCUGCCAUUUUGUUCUUCUCGGUCCGUGAUGUUUGCAGUUGACCUUCUGUGGGAUUGAUUUUACUGAUAGAUUGUGGGUAAUUUGAUUGGCAACCGAAACAGAGCCCUCCCUAGGCUCCGCCCAUUGUCACGUUUUGUCCUUUUCAUAAUAUAACUUUAUUUUUACUUUAUUUUUUAUGAAAAUUAGAGCGCUCAGGAAAAACUGUAAAUAGUGAUUCAGACACAGAGAGCUGUAUAGCAGAAGAUUAAAUAAAGUUUAUUUUUGCCGACAGAGCCGCUCUAAAGGCAGUUAUUUUUAUUUUUUAACUUUAGGAAAACAUUUAUUGUAGUCAAAGCACAAGCUCGUAGUAAAGAUUCUAUCACUGAUUACAGUGUAUCGGCAGGACUUGUGAAGGAGGAAAAAAAAUAAAAUAAAUAAAGUCACAAUUGUUCACGAUGAAAGUUAUCAAACCUUUAUCAGCUGAACUUGGACAGAAGGACGUUACAUGUUUGUACACAGCAUUAAUGGAGGCUAUUUAUAUUUUAUAAACAGAUCUUAUCAAUACCGUCUCACAGUCACUGCAAAAGUUGAGCAUUUAAGAGUUAAAGAAUAUCAAAUUAAGUGAUGUGUUUAGGCAUCACAAAAUCUCUGAUAGGGGUCUUAAAUAUAUUCUAUCCAUGUGUCAAAUGGGACAAAACAGACCAAAAUGAUAAAAAGUAUCAUAAAUUAAUACGUACAAUGUACUCUCAACCAGUGUGCAAUUCUUAUGUAGGGCAUUAGCACAAAAAACAGCGUGAUCCAUUUAAUUCAAAAUGUCGGGGGAGAGUGUGGGGAGCAACCAUGGUAACACAUCCACCCCACACCCACUUGCAAAAUCGUCUAGAAAAAGUAAAAGCACAAAUACUAUUCCUUUUGUUUUAGAUCAAUACACUCCUGCCAUCACACAUACAUUAUGGAUUAGUAGAAUUUGAACAGGUCAAACAAUAGCAACGUGACGGCAGAUAAGAACCAUUCGGCCCAUCUAGUCUGCCCAAUUUUCUAAAUACUUUCAUUAGUCCCUGGCCUUAUCUUAUAGUUAGGAUAGCCUUAUGUCUAUCCCACGCAUGCUUAAACUCCUUUACUGUAUUAACCUCUACCACUUCAGCUGGAAGGCUAUUCAAAACGUCACACGUGCAUCCCAAAACCUCCACUAGAAGAGCACAUUUAGCUGAUUUUUAUUGAUGUUAUGAUACUGACUGAGGGUACAAUAUAGUAAAAUUCUAUAAACUUUUUUACUUCAAACAUUAAGAUUGUUAUGGUCCGAAAGGAAGAAACCUUAGACUAGGUACACAAAUAGAGGCUGAAACUGAUUUCCUUCUACAAAGUCCAUAGCAGUAAAAUAUUGCCAUUUCAUUAGCCCAAAAGUAUUUAAAAACAUGUCACAUGAAGGAGGCAUUAGAGUCACUGCAUUAAACCGAUUCUUUGCAAAACAUUGUUGACCUCAUUAGUGUGGGGUAAACAAGGGGUAACAAGGGGACUAAACAAAAACACCUCGUGAAAACCUAAUACUAACGUACAUACAGGGGAGCUCAACAACAUCCCACAACUAGACACCUUAAUGAAUAUAUAAAAAAGGCAUGCGUCCUAGCAUGGACAUGGCUUUAUUCCAUACAGGUGAUUGGAAAAAAGAUCAUUAAACCCCAAAUGGCAAAAAAAGGUUCACAUUCUGUGAAAUAAAAGUUGAGGGUGAUUUAAUAGCAGCAUUUAGGUCCCAUUACGCUCCUUAACAUGGUAGCAUUAUAUUGCAAAUCUUUUAGCAUUUUUAUAUCUGCAUUUCAUAUAAAAUAUUUUAUUUUCGUUUUGUCUCCUACCCUAAUGUUUUCUGUACCAGGUUCAACUGCUGUCUGAACGAACAAUUGCUAUGAGAAGUAAAAUUUCCAAGAUGGUUAUUGUGAUCGUCCUUCUUUUUACAAUUUGUUGGGGUCCAAUUCAGAUCUUCAGCCUCUUUCAGGGUUUCUACCCAGGCUUUCAAGCUAACUACGCAACCUACAAGAUCAAAACCUGGGCUAACUGCAUGUCCUAUGCCAACUCCUCCAUUAAUCCUAUUGUCUAUGGUUUUAUGGGAGCCAGCUUCCGAAAGUCUUUCAAGAAAGCAUUUCCUUUCAUGUUUCGGAGUAAAAUUAGGGAUGGGAGUAUCACUUCUGGAACAGUGAACAAUGAAAUGAAAUUUGUAGCUAUGGAUGCACCCAAUAAUGGGCUGAACUAAGCUGAGUGACCUCUACUCUCACUUAAUUUUAGCAGAGAGUUUCUGUGGAAGAAAUGGAAAAAAGGUGUUCUAAGUCCAAUCAGAUGUUCAUAAUGUGUCUAUUACAAGAGGAAGAUUUUCAACAUGAAUAGGGAAUAAAUUAAAAAUACAAUGUUAGGCAGUUACACAUUUCAGAACAGCUCAAAGACUGUACACAUAAAACGUAAUAUUUCUAUACAUAUGUAGAAAAAGCAUCAUAAUCUAUUUUUUCAAAAGAUCUUUCUGUGGACCAUUCAGCUGCUUAGUGUGAGACAUCUAUGAAACCAUUUCAAUGAGGUUGUCUUAUGUUUGACCAUUACAAUAUGUGUUUCUCCAUGAUGUGCCUUGCCUCGGUUUGCAUCUUGUAAUGACGAGAAAGGGAAAAAAAAAGAGAAAAAGUACAAAUGAAUCUAACCGUAAUCCCAGAUGGCAUAUUGUGACCUGGAAACUGGUUCCUCGUGUUAGGAUACUCGAAUGUUGGGAGUCAGGUGGUCUUAGAAAACUCCAAGCAUGCUUGGGGAGAAGAGGGGUCUUGUUCUACUUAUAAACAGUGACCGGUGGACUCAGAAACAGAUUGCAGCCUUGGCCUAUACUGCCUUCAUUAAUUGACAUGGUGUAUGAGAAAUUAUUGUGUCCUGUAUAAAUAAUGUACACAUUGUAAAAUAAAUAAUUAUCAUUGUUCAAUGAAUAGUAACUGUAUUGUACAAUCGCUUUGCUGUAAAAAUCUAAUAUUGAAAACAUUAAACAAAACGCAUUUUUCUAGUUGUCUUUUAUCUCGGAAAUGUAUUUAUUUUUUUAUUAAAGGGACACUAUAGUCACCUAAAUAAAUUAAGCCCAAUCAAGCAGUUUUGGUGUAUAGGCCAUGCCCAUCCUGUCUCACUGCUCAAUUCUCUGCCAUUUAGGAGGUAAAUCCCUUUGUUUAUGAACCCUAGUCACACCUCCCUGCAUGUGACUUGCACAGCCUUCCAUAAACACUUCCUGUAAAGAGAGCUCUAAUGUUUCAACUUCCUUUGUUACACAGUCUGUUUAAUUUUGAAUUUCUUGUCUCCUACAGUUAAUAGCCUCUAGACCCUGCAGAGCCCUCCUGUACAUGAAUAAAGUACAAUUUAUAAAGCAGAGGAUAAAAACUUCUAAAGUAAGUUAACAUCUGCAUCUGACUGAAAAUGAAACAAUGUUUUCCAUGCAGGCUGUGUGGGUCACAGCCAGGGGAGGUGUGGCUAGGGCUGCAUAAACAGAAACAAAAGUUAACUCGUAAAUAGAAGAUACUUGAGCUGUAAGACUUCAGAGGCAUGAUCUAUACACUAAAACCAUUUUAUUAAACUAAAGUUGUUUCUGUGACAAUAGAGUCCCUUUCAGUUCAUGAUUUGGUGAUUAGCUUAGUGAAUAUUUAUAAUAGUUUUAUCUGGGCUAAUGGAUGUUAUUUAGAAAUGUUCUAUAUUUAAAAACACAGACAGUCGUUGACCCAAUAUUCAAAGUUUGUGAAACAAGACAUUCGGAUUGUAUUUUGUGCUGACUUUGAAGAUAAACGUUACAGUUAAUUUAGAAAAUAAUACCAAAAAGUGUCUACUACUGACAAACCGCCUGACUCUUGGUAAAAGACCUAAAAUGGUUGCAUCUAGCAACGUUUGUGUGAGUCAUGGUCCAAACGUCUGCUGGUGCUUCAGACAUCUGCUCCUCGUUGGGUAGGUAUUUUCUGCAGGCGAAUGCAAGCCAAGGACAGCAAAAACACUGCAAGGUAGAGGUUUACUGGAAAGAACUUCAUGGCGUUGAUAAUCCCUGCCGAAGAGGAAAGGCGGAACCCUGCUGAAAAAUGACUCAUAUGGAUGAGUCACAGAGCAAACCGUACCCUUUUCUUAUUAAAGGUUGGUAUUUGUCUCCACAAAACAAAUUAUACUAUGCGUGCUCCUACAGUAUGCCCUCAGGGAUAACUGGCUAAUGCUCAUCAAUCGUAAAAGGUCAUAACACAAAAUGAAAUUAUUAUCGAUUUUUAUGUUUUAGAAGCCUCCGUACACAAUCUGAAAUAAUUACUAACUUCUCACUUUGACGGGCAAUAUCAGAAACCACCUGAAUAAAGUCUUUUUUACGCAGGAAAUGGGCAGUAGAGACGGGCCAAUAACGUCUUUAGAAUAUUAAAUUUUGUAUCGAGAGCACAAUACGCACAUUGUUCAAGGUCAGAAGAGCAAAUUGCUUGUCCUGAUUCUCCGCAUGUAUGUCUACACCUUCACCUUUAUAAAUUGCUCCAAGCAGGUCAGGACAUAACACACAGAUUUAACAAGCAGAAUGACUCAAAGGUUAGCUUUAAACUUCAGCCCAAAGCAUCUUUUGAAACCCUUGAACUCAAAUGCACACUGUGUGUUCUGUUGAGAAAUGUUAUCCUCUGUAACAAGGUCUAACUAAGUAUCGGUAAAGACUAUAAUACGAGCCCUUUAUAGACUGAUUGGUGACCUUCUAAUACCUUUCAUAAACUGACUGCUACUUUGCAACCUCCAGUUAAAUAUCAAAAACUUUUUCCAUUUUGAACCCUAAUCAUUUUUAAUCCUGUCUGCAACAAAAUCGAGAAGAGGAACAUAUUGUCCUUGGAUUAAAACUGUUUAUUUUGAUAUGAUUUAAGUGAGUCAUAGGCAAUCGGCGCUCUUUUUAUUUUGUAAUUUUUUUUUUACUCCUUGUAGAAUGUUUGGAUUUAAGAAACUUCAAAGGAUAAUAGGAAGACAAUGAUACAUUUACUGCGAACACAAAAAAUGUGUUAUAUGAGGUUGUUUAUUUUAUUUUUGUUAUAUAGAGCCUUGUUUGCAUAAUUUUCUUAGUGUUAUCUUUGUCAUUUAAAAUGCUGUUGUUAUGCAAAUGUUUUUUUGUAGGUAUAUUGAGGAUAUAAUAUAUUUGCACAAUAUUUUUCCAAAACUGACGCUAAUGUAUAAAUGAAGCUUUAUUUAUGACCGUAGCAAUGUAAGGUAUGGUGUUUGGAUUGGAUGUGGCUGGAGCGAGGGGGAACGUUAGCGAGGUUUUUUGGAGAUGGUUUGUGGGGCGUUUUGGGAUAACCCUUUACAUUGCUUUGCUUUGCACCUUGCUGGGAGGUAAUGAGGUUAACUGGAGAGCUAGAGAAAUACAAUUUCAGAUAACUUUUUUCCGGUUCCAUUUGUUCCUUUUAGUAGCUAUUUAUUUAAAUAUAUUUCCAUUUGCCAUUGUUUCUAAGGGGAUUAUUUGUUAAACAGAUUGUGGCUUUAGGGUUGGAAGUACAGCUGGCUCUUUUGUCCUUAAUUCUGCGCUCAGUAAUCAUCAUUCGAAUCAAGGUUUAAUGAAUAAAGUAAUGUUUCUUCCAGCCCCUCUUUACACGUGAAGCAGUCAUUAAUAGACAUCAGAGAGAGAUGCAUGCUUGCUCGGUGCUAAUGACGGGACUGGGGCCCUCACGUGUACACCGUGACCUCCUCUCAAUCGAUCUCUUUUAUUGUUGAGUGAUGAUUUCCAUCAGGGCAAUUAGAGCAGAGUAACACAAUAUCCGAGUUAGUUGGGAAGAUGCUACCUUAAUUACAGGAACAUUGUUAAACCUGUUGGAUUCAGCAGCCUGGCUGUGUGCAUGUCCUAUGUUUAAAGAGAUGUCUAUGGAUUUAAUGCGCAGUCCCAUCCACUACAGCUUGAAAGUCUCUCAGAGUGCCUGCACUCUCUGGACCUCCGGCUCUCCCAAAAACUGAGUUUGGGUGGAUGACGAGCAAGAACGAUUGGCAUUGUGUCAUGUGACGUUUCAGAGCAAUUCCAAGUACAGGGGUGGGCAACCUUUGGCACUCCAGAUCUUGUGGACUACAUCUCCCCUGAUGCUUUGCCAGCACUCUAGCUGUAAGAGCUUUGUGAGAUGUAGUUCUGGAGUGCUGCAGGUUUCCUGCUCCUGUCCUAGUUCAUCAAUGACAGAAUUCCGUAGAUAAUACACCAAUAUAACACAACAAACACAGAAUAAUUUUCAUUCCUUUUUUUGAAACCAUUGUUUAAAGCUAUUUAGAAACACCUAUCUCAUAUACAAAAUAUGGGGCUUUAAUGUUGUUUUGAAUAUUGGGCUUUAAUAUUGUUUUUGUUCACUUUUUACAGAGUACCCCAAUAUUGGCGGUCCUAACCUACAUUUUAAAAUGUUAAUAUAUGUUGUUAAAGGAACACAAACAUGUAUUCCUAACGCUAUAGUCCUAGUCACCAUUUAGGUGACUAGUGCCCCGUUCCGUUUUGAAUAAAUGGUUAAUUAACCAUUUAUUUACUUACUUUAAUCCAGCGCCGGGCUCCCUCGGGACUGGUGACCUCUCCUCCUCCAUCGAUGUCAGCUUCCUAGUGGAGCAGAAUGCACAUUACUCAAUGCUUUCCUAUGGGAAUCUUUUUAUUACACUGGGCUCUGUGAGGAAGCUGUGAUCUCCCCUUUCUACUCCGUUGCGCACCGUUUGCAGAUGCCGUACAGCGUUAUUCCAUCUCCCAGCAGAGACGCGAGGGAGCAGAGCAGGGAGAUCAGAGCUCCCACACUGCCUCGGAUGCCAAUACAGCCGCAAGUUUCACAGCAGCCCCACUGGACUCCAAAUGACAGACCCAUGCCAGCUCCCCAGGUAGGGAGGCUGGGUGGGAUAUCUUUAAUUAUAAUAAUAUUAAUAAUUAGUGAGUGUGUGUGUAUGUGUGUAUGUAUGUGUGUGUGUGUGAGUUUGUGAGUGUGUGUGUGUCUAUGAGUGUAUGAGUGUGACUGUUAGUGUGUGUGUGUGUGUGUCUGUCAGUGUGUGUUUGUGAGUGUCUCUCAAAUCAGUGAGAGUCUGUUUGUCAUUGAGUCUGUGUGUGACAGUGUGUGUCUGUCAGUGUUUGUGUGUCUGUGAGUGUCUUUUAAUGUGUCUGUCAAUGAAUGAGUGUGUGUCAGAUCAGUGAAUCUGUGUCGGUCAGUGACGUCUGUGUUAUUGUCAUUGAUUGUGUGUGUGUGACUGUCAGUGUGUAUCUGCCAGUGUGUGUCUGUUGGGGAAUGUGUGUGUGUCAAAUCAGUGAGUCUGUGUCGGUCAGUGUCAAGCGGAACAGACUGAGGUACAGGAGCACUUCCUAUCAGUCCAGCCGGGUACAGGAAACUGAAGCUCCUGUACCGGGAUCUGCUUGCUCGGCCAUGCUACAAGAGAGGUAGAAGGCACACCAGGAAGGGGAUGGGACCACUUAAGGCGACGGGGGUACACCAAGGGACAGGGAGGGGAGAAAAAUACUAAGGGAAAGGAAAAGGAAUCGAGAGGGGAGAGGAAUACUAAGGGACAGGGAGGGGAGGGGACCACUAAGGGACAAGGAGGGUGAGAGGGGCUGGAUGUGAAAGAAACACACAACAGGGCUUGGGAAGGGGAACAAGAGAUACACAGAGGGGCUGGGGGGGGGAACAGAUAAGCUAGGGGUUAAAGAGACACACACAAAGGGGCUGGGAAGAGUAAAAGACACAAAGGGGCUGGGAGGAGUAAGACACACAAACUGUGGGAGGAUAUAAGAGUCAUACAAAGAGGGGAGAUAAGAGACACACAAGAUUGUAAGACACAAUGGGGAAAAAAUAGGAGAUAAGAUAUACUAAAGGGGGUAAGACAUUUAAAAGAGGGGAUAAGAACACAAAAGGGAGGUUAAGAGGCACACAGGUGAAGAUGUUAUUUUUUUGUGGGGUAGGGAAGAGUCAGAAAAAUGCAUCUUCACCUGUGUACCCACAAAUCCUUGCACCGGCCCUGCCAGGAAGGUCCAGAAAGCUCCAAGUUGUAGCAAUGGUAUUACAGUGCAAGUAAGUUGUAUUUAAUUGUUACUGUUCUAAAUCUUGCAGCCAUUCAUAGUGAUUAAUUCAUUAAGGAUGAAUUGUAGCAAAUUGAAAAUCAAAUUGCAAAAUAUAGUAAAAAAAAUAAAAGCUGAUUUCAAAAUAACAUUUCUUACUCCUCUAUAGUAAAUCUUUGGUUAUUUUAUCCUAUAUUGUACAUUUCAGUUUCAAUUCUCUCGAUUUUUGUUAGAUAAAUCCCAUAGUGGUCUAUUUAAGAUGCAGUACCACAAACAUCCACACGGUGGGCUCGUCGCCCUCAUUUCACAUUACCUGCAGUGUUUCAAGGUGAGGUCGCUGGGACUGACGGUCGUGGCCAGAAUUAUUUCAGUUGAAAUUUAAAAUGCAAAACAGGAAACAGAUUUUACACAUUUUCUAAACAAAAUAAAUUGAUGUUAACUGAAUUUCCUAUUGUGAGGAGCUCAAAUGUUGUAUUUUGGGAGCUGAGUGUCGUCCAACGCUGCUCCCUGGGAGAAUGAGUAUAAAUUCUGCAUUAACCUGCCUUUAUUAAUAUUUAUAACUUGUGUUCUCCACUCUCAAUAACAGGGGUUUAUUUAGUCCACAAAUACCCAUUUAACAAAUAACUCCUCUGUAUGACCCCCCCCCCCCCCACAGGUAAAAUGUAACCCUUCAAGCUACCCAUCAUGUGUUCCAUUAGUAAGUUACCACGAUUUAAUGAUUGAUUUAAUAUAAUUUAAUGUACGCUGUACAUAAAGGAGUUUUAGUAAAUUCAAUAUACACAGCGAGUCAGUUUAUUCAAUUUAAAAUGUAUCAUAUUUAUAGGACUUUCAUUAAAAAUUGGGGUGCUUCAAACCCAUAGUGUCCCUUUAAGAUAUUGUAAUAAAUAUGUAUUUGUUGAUUGGAGUAUUUGUUAUGUUUAUAUCUUCUUAUAUUAAUGGCUCCCUUUAAUAAACUUCUACAUCACGCAGAAAUACGAACACGCAAUCUGACUUUCAUUAUACAUUUAUUCUACUCACAAUGUAGCUCUUACAAACUCAUUAUUUGACAGAUCCUGUACACAUACUUUAUCUUUAUUAACAAUUUCAUGAGGAUUUUAAUUCUACCAGAACUUGACUUUUGGUUAUGAAAGCAUGAAUGAUAAAUGGUUUCAACUUGGUCAGUUAAACAUUAUUUUGGAUGCAAAAUGUAGACAAAAUGUAGACAAAUAGAAAGAUCAACCCGCUCAAGUUCCAUAAGGUUAUUAUAAGAAACAAAAUCUGGAUUUUGUCAUUUAUAUAAUAAGAAUUGUGUGUUACUAAUAGGAAUCCCUGACACCGACAUUAAAAAUAGUGUUUUUUCAAUACCAGAAAUUGGUAUCAGGGCAGAAAUUAUACAUAUAUCAUUGUUCCAGCCCAAUCACUUGUUAACCCACCUUGUAAUGCGUGUGCCAUCACCUUAAAAUCUGUAGAAUAUUCAAUUAGAAUACCUUCAAACAAGCUCUGACUACCUGUGAUAAAUCUGCCUUUAUAACCUUUAGUAACAUCCCCAGGACAUACUUGCAAACCACAGUAAUCUGAAUGUACCUUUCCUGGUUAAAUACUUUGUUAUUAUUAUGUACAUAACCUGGAUAAAUACUUUGUUAUUAUUAUGUACAUAACCUGGAUAAAUACUUUGUUAUUGUGUACCUAAACUGGUUAAAUACUUUGUUAUUAUUAUGUACCUUACCUGGAUAAAUACUUUGUUAUUAUGUACCUAAACUGGUUAAAUACUUUGUUAUUAUUAUGUACCUUACCUGGUUAAAUACUUUGUUAUUAUGUACCUAAACUGGUUAAAUACUUUGUUAUUAUUAUGUACCUUACCUGGUUAAAUACUUUCCUGGUCAAAUACUUUAUUAUUAUUUCUCAUUAAUGUCAAAGCAGGUGCCUGUAAGUGUUAAACGGAAGGUACAAUAACAGAGGCUGUUCAUCACCGUGUUUUUCAAUAUUUGAUUUAAAACUCUUUGAAUGUGCAAUCCUUUCUCCUAUAUUAAAGGACCACUAUAAGCACCCAGACCACUUCAGCUUAAUGAAGUGGUCUGGGUGCCAGGUCCAUAUAGGGUUAACCCUUUUUUCUAUAAACAUAGCAGUUUCAGAGAAACUGCUAUGUUUAUAAAUGGAUUAAUCCAGCCUCUAGUGGCUGUCUCAUUGAUUUUCACAGUGAGAAGACGCCAGCAUCCAUAGUUUGUGCAACGUUCACAUACGUCACCUGACCAAUUUAUCAUUUAAUCUCCAUUAAUGACAAUCAUGAUAUAUGCAUUUUGUAUUAUGUUGAAUUCCCACAAUCCCCUAUUAACAUCAUCCUCUAUAAAUGAAACUUUGUCCUAAAUAAAUAUUUAGGACUUUUUAAUAACAAUAUUUCCGGUGAAAUUAAUGCAUACAUUGAAUAGUUGUAGAUAACCGUUGCUUAUCCCAAAACAAACAUGGCCUUUUAAUACUUGUUCAUGGUCUCUUUUCUUUCUAACAUUUCCCAAGAAAUCAUCUAAUUCCUGAGUAAAUAUAAUUUUAUUCAUUUUGAAUAUAACCACUACAAGAACUGUUGCUAUGUUAGCAGGAUGCGGACAAAAAAUGUCUCUUCUACAAGAUUGUCUUUGAGAAUAUAUUUUCUUUCCCCGGCCAACUUUCUCCUGUAGGUCCACUAUAAAUGGAAAUAAAAUAAAAUAAACACAAUAUCAACAUAUUGUCACAUAUUAUGUGUUAGGUUUAUCCAAUUUACAGUGAUCUGCAUGAACCCAAAAACUAUUGUUCCUGUUUAUUCCGUGAACCAUCAAGAGGACGUUGCACUUGGACCAUUGUAUCUGUUAUUUUGUAAGGACCUUCACAGUUUGCUUGCCAAGGUCAUCUUUUCCUUUUUAUCAUGAUCAUACCCCCCUUUAAAAAAAUCAGGCGGUGCCAUUUUGUACAUCCGAGUAACUGCAUGUGGAAUGAUUUGCUCACAAAUGUUCCUGCAGCAUUUGCAACCAUUUCUUUUUAGCAAUCACAUCUUUCUGUGGGGUAGACCAAUAUGGUUCAUUAGGAGAAUUCAGCUGCAUUUUCUGCCCGUCAUCAAUUCAAAUGGAGCGUAUUGUGUAGCUGACGACAUAGUGCCUCUAAUACCCAGAGUGCUGCAGGAAGUGCCUGUACCCGUGUGUUGCCUUUCUCAAGUAACAUUGUUUGAAAGUCUGGAUUCCAAUGUUCCAUUCAUCCGUUACACAGUCCAAGCAGAUUGUGGAUGAUAUGGAACAUGGAAACUUGGAUCUAUGCCUAGAAUAGCACACAGUGUUUGCAUGACUUUCCCUGUGAAAUGGGUACCUCUGUCUGAUCCCCACCUUUAGAAAUUGGAUCCAUAAAGCUUCAGCUGUCCAUUGAGUGGAAUAACGUACACCCACUUUGAGAAUACGUCCACAACUACCAGCGCUUAAUUUAAUCCAUUGUUACCUGCUGGUAAUGGUCCAAUGAAAUCAAUAGACCAAGGGCCAUUUGCAGGGGCUAUACGUUAAAGGGACUAUAAGUGCCAGUAAUAUAAAGCUGUAUUCCUGGCACUCUCUCCCCCUGCCUUUCCCCUCACCAGUAAAUAAAAGACCCUUUAUUUACUUACCUGAUCCCAAUGCUGAUGUGCCUCUGCACUUGAUUACAGCUCCUCCUCAGAUGUCGCUCAAUGGGGCUCUUGCAUUAGACCUCACCAUAGGAGAUCAUUAAAUCAAUGCUUUUGUGUGGGGAAAUAGCGGACGCUGGAUGCGAGGACGUCCAGCGUCAGUUACUGGAUCAAACGUCUGUUAGCAGCCAGGACGUCCAGCGUCAGUUUCUGGAUCAAACGUCUGUUAACAGCCAGGACGUCCAGCGUCAGUUUCUGGAUCAAACGUCUGUUAACAGCCAGGACGUCCAGCGUCAGUUACUGGAUCAAACGUCUGUUAACAGCCAGGACGUCCAGCGUCAGUUACUGGAUCAAACGUCUGUUAGCAGCCAGGACGUCCAGCGUCAGUUACUGGAUCAAACGUCUGUUAGCAGCCAGGACGUCCAGCAUCAGUUACUGGAUCAAACGUCUGUUAGCAGCCAUUAAAGCACUACGGAAUAUAAAUGGCAAUAAUAUUAUAAUUAUAAUUAAGCGCCUCCAGCCACUGUGGGCAUGUCUUCCAUUUUAUUCUGAUAAAACUUCUGAGUGCCUCCAACAGUUUCUACUGUCCUAUAUGACCGAACGUUUUACGAUUAUAUUAUGAAUAAAAAAAAUUGGUUUAGAUAUUCUUGCGUGGCUGGACGCAGUACUCCAUUUUGGCCAUCUGAGUUACCAAAGGCAUCCAUUGAUGGGUUAUAUAGAGGAAUAUAAUUGGUUAUGGCCAUCAGCUUUUCAUUUAUAUUUUAUAGCCUUGUCUCAAAGUUCUUCCUUGUAAAUCAGACUGUGGUGGCAAUUCUGGGAUAUCAGCUGCUUCUGGUAUUAAAUUAGGAUCACUCCUAGUAAUUACACAGUUUCACUAUUUCCAGGUUUACAAAAAAAAAAUAAACAUUUUCUUCCAAGUCACACACUUGCCUGAAAUCUAUUACAUCUCCAGAUUUCUCUGGAGAAAAUCACGUUAAAGGUUAAUACAAAUUUGAAAACAUUUCUAAUCUUUGGUUUCUUUUUAUUUAUAUACAAUUUAUCAAUUAUUGCAUUUCCUGCUUUACGUUAAUUACACAAUUCACAAUCUGGAUAGCUGCUAUUAAAGGCAAACUGCCAUUUACUUUCCUGUGCAAUAUCAGUAAUGAAGUCCAUUAUUGCUCACCAGACCAGACGCUUUAAUAUACGUCACUCAUACAGCUGCGCUCAGUGGAUUUUGUCUUGUGCCGUUUCCCAAUCGCCGCCAUGUGCUUGCUUGUAGAAUUCACGUUGUAACUUGUGCUUUUUUUCUUAGUAACUCGGUUGCAGAAAAUAACCUUAAACAGACUUUCUGGUUGAAAAAAAUCUUUCUGACAAACACAUUUCUUUUCUAGAUUCAAACUUUAAUUCAAGCGCAUUGCAAAGGAGUCAUUUAAUCUCUCCUCUCUUUCUCUUUCGCCCCUUUUGAAGUGUGAAAAGAUCUGAAGCCUAGCUAGGAGCUCCAAAUAUAAUAAAUAUAUUGUAUGGACAAACCUAUUGGGACUCGCCUCUUAAUAAUUGAAUUCAGGUGUUUCAAUCAGACCCUUUGCCACAGGUGUAUGAAAUGAAGCGCCGAGCCAUGCAGUCUGCAUUUACAAACAUAGCCAAGAAUUGGGGGCUCACCCGGAACAUGCAUUUUGCAGGAAUGGUGCCGCCGUCGUGACCAAAAUUCGAACAUAAUACAGAAUAAGGAACAGCGCACACUGAAGACACAUUUUCACAUUUUAUAAAGCUAUUUAAAAUCACCUAUCACAGCGAACAAAUAUUGGGAUUCAUUUACGCUAUAUAUAAUUAAUAAUGAAUGCGAUAAACACAAUUUUAAAAAUGCUGUGUCAAAAACUAACUAGUAAAGUGGUAGGGCUAUGAUGUAUACACAAUGCCAUCGUAUAUCUGCUCUAUAAAAAUUAUAAUUAAAGUGACAUUAUUAUUCAAAACCUCCUCAAAUACAUACCGGUGGUCACCUCCUCGUGGCCCCUGAAGCUGGGGGGCUGGGUGGGGUGCUUAACCCCAAAGGGAAUCAGGUCUGGAUUCCAAGCUGUGAUAGUUGCAAAAGGGGGACAGACUACAUAGUGAUGUAUUUAGAAUGCAAUGUCAUAGAAGUCCCUGUUGGUGUCAUUGUUCCAAUACUUUGCCCUUAGUAUAUGUAUGGGCGAUUGGAGUAAGUCUUUUUAUGUAUAUAUCUUCUUAUAUUAAUGACGUAACAUUGUUAAGCUGUGCCAUCUGUUAACAUGUUUACGUAUGUAUUGCUGUUUGCAUUGUGAAUAAAAUAAAGGUUGGCUUUUUUUUUUUGUAAAAAUCAAAUUGCGUAUUAAUAUUUUUAGUAAUAAACCUGCCAUCUUGGUUAACCGUGAAAGCAUUAGUAUGUGUAAUUCCUCCAUGGCGGUUUUUAAUUUUGUUGCUUACUGGUUUUAGCUUAGUAAAGGAUUGCUCUGGCAUUAUAAGGAAUUUUAUAAAAAUGCAAACUUAUAAACUCCCACAACUCCAGGACGGCAGCAACGACCAUAGUACACAUCAGCCCUAAUACAUAAAAUAAAAACCAAAGAAAAGAGUUACUUGCGGACUAUCCCUCAUCCCCUCCGCACAUUUCAAUAAGUGGAGGGAUUUUAGUAUCACUCCAAUGGCUAUUAGAUUGUAAGCUCCUCUGCCACUUCAAGGCAAACCUCUUAGGAGAGUCCUACACUAACAAUUCACCUUACUUCUUUCAACUUCAGGUAAAAAAUCGUUUAAUGAGACAGAAUGCCUCUACAUACUUAUUAACCCUCGAUAUGGAACAUGUGAGGUUCCUAUUAAGAAGGCCAGGCUGACAAACCUUUUCUUUGGGCAACCUGCCAACUAUCCAAGUGGGCUGGCCCAUUUUGGACUUUACCAGUGGUGCAAGUGAUGUUAGUGGCAUGUCCCCAUGGGCCUGUCCUCCCCAGUCCUUCUUUAUCACCCAUGAGGAUGACCGUUACAGUGUUAAUAAAUGCUGGCACAUCAUGCACCCACUUGGGGCAAUUAAUCAGAUGGGAAUGAUGAAAAAAUCGUGACAGAGAAUUUUCUAGUUUGAUUAUUUUGGACUGAUUUUGCAGUUGUCUUGUUAUUUCUUGACAAUACUCAAGUUUAGUGAAUAAACCCCAAAUUGGCUUAAAGUACCUCUGCACCAGUAUCCCCACUUUGCAUGAAGCCUGGCCAGGUACCUGACUACAGGUAGGAGUAGGUAAGUGGGACGUGCAACCUACCAGAUACCUGACUACAGGUAGGAGCAGGUAAGUGGGAUGUGCGACCUACCAGGUACCUGACUACAGGUAGGAGCAGGUAAGUGGGAUGUGCGACCUACCAGGUACCUGACUACAGGUAGGAGCAGGUAAGUGUGACCUAUCAGGUACCUGACUACAGGUAGGAGCAGGUAAGUGGGAUGUGCGACCUACCAGGUACCUGACUACAGGUAGGAGCAGGUAAGUGGGAUGUGUGACCUACCAGGUACCUGACUACAGGUACAUGGGACGUGUGACCUACCAGGUACUUGACUACAGGUAGGAGCAGGUAAGUGGCAUGUGUGACCUACCAGGUACCUGACUACAUGUAGGAGCGGGUAAGUGGGACAUGUGACCUACCAGGUACCUGACUACAGGUAGGAACAGGUAAGUGGGACGUGUGACCUACCAGAUACCUGACUACAAGUAGAAGCAGGUAAGUGGGACGUGUGACCUACCAGGUACCUGACUACAGGUACUUGGGACGUGUGACCUACCAGGUACUUGACUACAGGUAGGAGCAGGUAAGUGGCAUGUGUGACCUACCAGGUACCUGACUACAUGUAGGAGCGGGUAAGUGUGACCUAUCAGGUACCUGACUACAGGUAGGAGCAGGUAAGUGGGACGUGUGACAUACCCUGCACUGUUUUUUCAAUCUCCAUUUGACCUACAUUUUAAAUAGUUUCCCACUGCCCCCCCAUCCAUUCGUUUCCUUCUCGUCCUUUUACAAAUCCGCUCUCACCACAAACUUUAUUUCCUAGCUAAACAGACCUGUUUCAAAUAUUUUUUCCGUUGCUAUGGUUAUGAUCCUAUUUUGGGCGUGGAUGCUGUCAUGUCCUGGUAGGGUGUGUCGUGGCCAGAGACCGCAGGGAGGAGCGUCAAAACACUCGCUGCCGGGAUCUGUCCAUUAAUAGUGCACGUGAGACAGCUGUCUGUGCUUGUCUGUCAUUCAAUAUUGGGCCCCAACGCCUCUCUCCCUGUCACAUGUUAAUCCUAGCAGAUCCCACUUUAACAGGCGGCUCAGAACAGUCUGUGUGUAAAGCCUGUCACUCACAAUGAUAUCCAUCUCUUCACUUUACUAAACUUUGAACUAUGGCGAAUUGACAAAAGAACGAGAAAUUACAGGCAAAAACAGUCAUGUUAAAAACACAAGAAAUUAUUAGCUGCAUUCCUUCUUAUUUGGCCUAAGAAAUACACAAUUACCCUUUUAUUUACUUAACCCCCUGGCAUUUGCAAUGUCUUUACUUUGAAUGUAGUUCUGGUAGCAUAUGAGAACCUGCCCUGCCAACUGGGCAACCUGGGGGCUACGCAAGGGUCUUGGCAUGUAGUAUAAUGGGACCAGAGCCGGUCUAUGGUUACUUGCCAGGCAUAUUGGGACUGAAAUAAUGAGAGAAGGGGUACUCACCAGAGUUAUUAUUACUAUGGUGGAGUGGUAAGGAAGGGGGUCUGCCCAGAGUAUUUUUUACUGUGCUGGGGUGGUAAGGAAGGUAUAUUUUGGAUUGGGGGCCCCUGAAAAAAGGAAGGGGGGCUGCCCAGAGUAUUUUAUAGCUUAUAGCUGCAGUUAUAACACACUGUGUGCUGGGAGACAGGGAACCUCCUUAAACCAUAACCUUAUAGCUGCAGUUAUAAUACACUGUGUGCGGGGAGACAGGGGACCUCCUUACACCAUAACCUUAUAGUUGCAGUUAUAAUACACUGUGUAUGGAGACAGGGGACCUCCUUACACCAUAACCUUAUAGCUGCAGUUAUAAUACACUGUGUGUGGGGAGACAGGGGACCUCCUUACACCAUAAUCUUAUAGCUGCAGUUAUAAUUCACUGCGUGCGGGGAGACAGGGGACCUCCUUACACCAUAACCUUAUAACUGCAGUUAUAAUACACUGUGUGCUGGGAGACAGGGGACCUCCUUACACCAUAACCUUAUAGCUGCAGUUAUAAUACACUGUGUGCGGGGAGACAGGGGACCUCCUUACACCAUAAACUUAUAGCUGCAGUUAUAAUACACUGUGUGCGGGGAGACAGGGGACCUCCUUACACCAUAACCUUAUAGCUGCAGUUAUAAUACACUGUGUGCGGGGAGACAGGAGACCUCCUUACACCAUAACCUUAUAGCUGCAGUUAUAAUACACUGUGUGCGGGGAGACAAGGGACCUCCUUACACCAUAACCUUAUAGCUGCAGUUAUACUACACUGUGUGCGGCGAGACAGGGGACCUCAUUACACCAUAACCUUAUAGCUACAAUUAUAAUACACUGUGUGCUGGGAGACAGGGGGCAUCCUUACACCAUAACCUUAUAGCUACAAUUAUAAUACACUGUGUGCGGGGAGACAGGGGGCAUCCUUACACCAUAACCUUAUAGCUGCAGUUAUAAUACACUGUGUGCGGGGAGACCUUAUAGCUACAAUUAUAAUACACUGUGUGCGGGGAGACAGGGGACCUCCUUACACCAUAACCUUAUAGCUGCAGUUACAAUACACUGUGUGCGGGGAGACAGGGGACCUCCUUACACCAUAACCUUAUAGCUGCAGUUAUAAUACACUGUGUGCGGGGAGACAGGGGACCUCCUUACACCAUAACCUUAUAGCUGCAGUUACAAUACACUGUGUGCGGGGAGACAGGAGACCUCCUUACACCAUAACCUUAUAGCUGCAGGUACAAUACACUGUGUGCGUGGAGACAGGGGACCUCCUUACACCAUAACCUUAUAGCUGCAGUUAUAAUACACUGUGUGCGGGGAGACAGGGGACCUCCUUACACCAUAACCUGAUAGCUGCAGUUAUAAUACACUGUGUGCUGGGAGACAGGGGACCUCCUUACACCAUAACCUUAUAGCUGCAGUUAUAAUACACUGUGUGCGGGGAGACAGGGGACCUCCUUACACCAUAACCUUAUAGCUGCAGUUAUAAUACACUGUGUGGGAGACAGGGGACCUCCUUACACCAUAACCUUAUAGCUGCAGUUAUAAUACACUGUGUGCGGGGAGACAGGAGACCUCCUUACACCAUAACCUUAUAGCUGCAGUUAUAAUACACUGUGUGCGGGGAGACAGGGGACCUCCUUACACCAUAACCUUAUAGCUGCAGUUAUAAUACACUGUGUGCGGGGAGACAGGGGACCUCCUUACACCAUAACCUUAUAGCUGCAGUUAUAAUACACUGUGUGCGGGGAGACAGGGGACCUCCUUACACCAUAACCUUAUAGCUGCAGUUAUAAUACACUGUGUGCGGGGAGACAGGGGACCUCAUUACACCAUAACCUUAUAGCUGCAGUUAUAAUACACUGUGUGCUGGGAGACAGGGGACCUCCUUACACCAUAACCUUAUAGCUGCAGUUAUAAUACACUGUGUGCGGGGAGACAGGGGACCUCCUUACACCAUAACCUUAUAGCUGCAGUUAUAAUACACUGUGUGCGGGGAGACAGGGGACCUCCUUACACCAUAACCUUAUAGCUGCAGUUAUAAUACACUGUGUGGGGAGACAGGGGACCUCCUUACACCAUAACCUUAUAGCUGCAGUUACAAUACACUGUGUCCGGGGAGACAGGGGACUUCCUUACACCAUAACCUUAUAGCUGCAGUUAUAAUACACUGUGUGCGGGGAGACAGGGGAUCUCCUUACACCAUAUCCUUAUAGCUGCAGUUAUAAUACACUGUGUGCGGGGAGACAGGGGACCUCCUUACACCAUAACCUUAUAGCUGCAGAUAUAAUACACUUGUGAGGGGAGACAGGGGACCUCCUUACACCAUAACCUUAUAGCUGCAGUUAUAAUACACUGUGUGAGGGGAGACAGGGGACCUCCUUACACCAUAACCUUAUAGCCUGUCUCCCUGCACACAGUGUAUUAGAACUGCAGGUAUAAGGUUAUGGUGUAAGGCGGUCCCCUGUAUAAUACACUGUGUGUGGGGAGAACGGGGACCUCCUUACACCAUAACCUUAUAGCUGCAGUUGUAAUACACUGUGUGCGGGGAGACAGGGGACCUUCUUACACCAUAACCUUAUAGCUGCAGUUGUAAUACACUGUGUGCGGGGAGACAGGGAACCUCCUUACACCAUAACCUUAUAGCUGCAGUUAUAAUACACUGUGUGCAGGGAGCAGGGGGACCUCCUUACACCAUAACCUUAUAGCUGCAGUUAUAAUACACUGUGUGCGGGGAGACAGGGGACCUCCUUUCACCAUAACCUUAUAGCUGCAGUUAUAAUACACUGUGUGCUGGGAGACAGGGGACCUCCUUUCACUAUAACCUUAUAGCUGCAGUUAUAAUACACUGUGUGCGGGGAGACAGGGGACCUCCUUACACCAUAACCUUAUAGCUGCAGUUAUAAUACACUGUGUGCGGGGAGACAGGGGACCUCCUUACACCAUAACCUUAUAGCUGCAGUUAUAAUACACUGUGUGCGGGGAGACAGGGGACAUCCUUACACCAUAACCUUAUAGCUGCAAUUAUAAUACACAGUGUGCGGGGAGACAGGGGACCUCCUUACACCAUAACUUAUAGCUGCAGUUAUAAUACACUGUGUGCGGGGAGACAGGGGACCUCCUUACACCAUAACCUUAUAGCUGCUGCAGUUAUAAUGCACUGUGUGCGGGGAGACACGGGACCUCCUUACACCAUAACCUUACAGCUGCAGUUAUAAUACACUGUGUGCAGGGAGACAGGGGACCUCCUUACACCAUAACCUUAUUGCUGCAGUUAUAAUACACUGUGUGCGGGGAGACAGGGGACCUCCUUACACCAUAACCUUAUAACUGCAGUUAUAAUACACUGUGUGCGGGGAGACAGGGGACCUCCUUACACCAUAACCUUAUAACUGCAGUUAUAAUACACUGUGUGCGGGGAGACAGGAGACCUCCUUACACCAUAACCUUAUAGCUGCAGUUAUAAUACCCUGUGUGCUGGGAGACAGGGGACCUCCUUACACCAUAACCUUAUAGCUACAGUUAUAAUACACUGUGUGCGGGGAGACAGAGGACCUCCUUACACCAUAACCUUAUAGCUGCAGUUAUAAUACACUGUGUGCGGGGAGACAGGGGACCUCCUUACACCAUAACCUUAUUGCUGCAGUUAUAAUACACUGUGUGCGGGGAGACAGGGGACCUCCUUACACCAUAACCUUAUAACUGCAGUUAUAAUACACUGUGUGCGGGGAGACAGGAGACCUCCUUACACCAUAACCUUAUAGCUGCAGUUAUAAUACACUGUGUGCGGGGAGACAGGAGACCUCCUUACACCAUAACCUUAUAGCUGCAGUUAUAAUACACUGUGUGCGGGGAGACAGGGGACCUCCUUACACCAUAACCUUAUAGCUGCAGUUAUAAUACACUGUGUGGGUAGACAGGGGACUUCCUUACACCAUAACCUUAUAGCUGCAGUUAUAAUACAUGGUGUGCGGGGAGACUGGGGUCCUCCUUACACCAUAACCUUAUAGCUGCAGUUAUAAUACACUGUGUGUGUGGGAGACAGGGGACCUCCUUACACCAUAACCUUAUAGCUGCAGUUAUAAUACACUGUGUGCGGGGAGACAGGAGACCUCCUUACACCAUAACCUUAUAGCUGCAGUUAUAAUACACUGUGUGCGGGGAGACAGGGGACCUCCUUACACCAUAACCUUAUAGCUGCAGUUAUAAUACACUGUGUGCGGGGAGACAGGGGACCUCCUUACACCAUAACCUUAUAGCUGCAGUUAUAAUACACUGUGUGCGGGGAGACAGGAGACCUCCUUACACCAUAACCUUAUAGCUGCAGUUAUAACACAGAUUGUUAUGUUCUGGUGUUAUCCAUUUAAUGGCAUAAAAUGCAUGUUUUUGUUUAAAAUACAGAUUGUAGAUAAGAUGUGCUAGGAAGAGUUCAUUCUCUGUAGUCAGAGAACAUUUUGACCUCCAGUAAUACUUAUUGCACUUUUUUAGCGCAGGUUUCUUUCUGAUAACUCUCUCUAGUUAAGAUACAAUGAUAUAAAGGAAUGUCCUGGUGUGAACUCCAGGAGAUUCUCUCUGGCAAGUCUCCAGCUGCAGCUAUAAAACAUUUCAUCAUAUCAGUGUUUAGUGUCUGACACAGUUUUUGUGGCUUAUUUACUAAACAGGGAUUCGUGGUGAGUUGGUAAAAAUCAGCGCGGAGCCUUGGCUGCAUUGGAGAUUUCCAACUGGCUCUUCUUGUCGUCAGGUUUCCGAUGACUGGUCAGUAACGUCCUCUGUCUGUCAGUUCCCUGGUACAGAAAGGGUUACAGUGGAGAUUAUUUACCAAAGAUUAUUAACCCUGGAGAAGGUUAGGGCACCAUGCAUCAGCACUAUAAGUUUCAUUUUGCCCUUCACCUAAUUCAUAAACCACGGGGAGCAUAAAUCUAUGUGGGUUUUGUCUUUACAUUACAUUGCCUCUUCCAUCUGCUGCUGAGAAACUAUUAUGAUAAUAAAAUAUAGAGAAAAUAAGUACUUAUUUGUAACUGCCCCAUUGAAUAAAAUAUUAAACAUUUCCUGGAAUUUUUGUUAACUUUCUAUUUCAAUGAGAUGGUCUGUUUUCCUUAAAAUGUAUAUAAAACCAUUAGCCAAUAGCAUCGCAAUCCAGUUCUGUUGAGGCACAGCCAUGGCACACAUUGCAAAUGAGGAAGAGGGAGAUCCUAAGGUGUCCUCGGUUUGUCCUUUGUCUGAGGUACAAUAAAGUUGUUGCCCCGCAUCUUCCCCUGUUGAGUGUGGAGCUAUGAAGCGCUAAGCACAUGUAUUGUGUUCCUCUGGUAUUGUGUGCACUUCCACAGUUACCGAUGGCAGCAGGGUUUGGGCCCAGAAGGCAUAAUGGAAACCCAUGGUGCAGACUAUGCUUCGACGGAGAUGAGAAGAACUAUGAGUUCUUAGGACAUCUGCGAUUGAUGAAUCUCAAGAAAACCAUCCUGAGUGAAUGAGAUAAUACCGAUGAUCAGAAUAGAUAAACGUAGGAAUGAGGAGGCUUAUACUGAGCUAAUUCAAUUUUUAGAUGAUAAAAGUCUGUCUUUAAUAAUGAGGGAGACAGCUGAUUCAUAAAAGGAAAGCACUUUGAAUACUAACAGAUUAUUAUGCAGGCAACUAAAAAGCCCAGAAUGGUCAGUUUAUUUACUAAGUUAAAGAGACAUUCCAGACCCUAAAAGCAAAAGUGUGUCCUCUUUUUUUACUUUUACAAAAUAUUUCAAUAGAAAUUGACACUUUUAUAAAUUAUACUGGUUACACCCCCCUGGCUGUCAAUCAGACGACAGGUCCUGUUACUUCCUGGUUUGGUUAAUCUUUUUGCACUGUACUGAAGAGCAGAAAUUGCCCAGAGCACGUGGCUUGCAAAAUCUUCUCAUUGAGUUGCAUGGGAAGUCUGGGAUUGGACAGCCACAGAAAGUCUGGGCAGGGUUUGAAGGGGAGAACUUGUUAAGGCUGCAGACAAGAGAUCUGCAGCUUUUGCAAACUGUUUAAAAUAUAUUCACAAAUAAAACAUGCUUAAUUUGAUGCAUAUGCAUAUUUUCAGUUGGGGUAUUAGUGCCUUCUAAACAGCAUUCCAGGCCCCCAGGCAAAGCAGUGCACUGGGGCCCUGAUUACACAACCAUUCACAGAAUUAAGCUGAUAUGUAUUGGUACCUCCAACAAAAUCAAUGUUUAAACAUUAGAAAAGCAUGCCGUACAGCAGAGAUUAAAUGUUUAGUAGGUAGCAGGGGGAGGCAACAGACAUGGAUUGUUAAAAAUAUUAGGACAACGUUAUUAUAGCUUUAUGGCUUCAGCAUAUAAUGUGAGCUGAUUUUGCCUUGCUUAUGUACAAUUAGUACGUGUACGUUGUUGCCAUAGAUACAAUUGUGACUGACUAUCUUAUAGGUGCAUACAAAAACAUUAUUUGUGGAAAAAAACGUACACUAUUUAGUUGUGGUGCAGCUAGAGUCUAAAAUGUUCAAGGUUUACAAAUUAUGCAACAAUAUAGCUCUGCACACAAGUAACCUUUCAAGUCUAUUUUAAAAACAUCUAUCUCAUAUUCUAAAUAUGGGGUCCUAACCUACAUUUGACAAUUUGGAAGGGGUUUUACCGAAGGUCUGGAGGCUUCAGCGGUGUUCGCCUGUUUGAGUGUCCGUUUUCAGUUCCAGACAUUCAAUGGCAAACACCGCUGUUCGGGAGCUAAAAUGGCCGCGAACACGAGGAAGUCCCGAAAUGGCGGCAUACACAGUUAAAAAAAAGGCAUUUCUUCACAGACUAAAUCCCCAUUUGUUGUAUAUGAGAUAGAUCAGCGGUUGCCAAACUGGGGUGCCGCGGAAUGUAUGGUUAUAGCACAGGGGAUACAUUACUGCUGAACAUGGGCCCGGUUGGGUGCCGCGGUCUGUGAAGAAAUGCCUUUUUUUUAACUGUGUAUGCCGCCAUUUCGGGACUUCCUCGUGUUCGCGGCCAUUUUAGCUCCCGAACAGCGGUGUUUGCCAUUGAAUGUCUGGAACUGAAAACGGACACUCAAACAGGCGAACACCGCUGAAGCCUCCAGACCUUCAGUAAAACCCCUUCCAAACUACCGAACGACCGGGCGUUCGGUAGAAAGACUUACCAACAGAUGGGGAAUUCAGCGAACCAAGGGAGGUUUUUCAUGCGAUCUAAGACCGACUGCAGGGCCAGAAUUCAUGGAACUGUUUUCGGCUACUUUGCCCGUGCAGUCGGUCAAAACUUCUAAGUCCUAUAUCUCCCGAACGGCUGAAUCGAAUGGCCUGAGAUUUUAAUAUGUUGGUCCUUGGGGUACAUCCAAACUUUGGGGAAUUUCUGGUACGUUUGUAAUGUCGGCCGGCUGGGAGGAAGUGUGUCAAGGUUAAUACCCCCCAACACGCAAACCAGAGAACAAUAAAGGCGAACACAGAUAGACGUAUUACCGGACCUUAAAGUGGCCGGACUUAACUUAGGAAUGAGAGAUAAGAAUAGUCAAACACGCCAAGGUCAGGAAUACAGAGAUACGGGAAAACGAAAUAGACAGAGCCAAGGUCAGGGAGCCAGAAAUAAGAAUAACCAAUAAACAAGCCGAAGUCAGGAACCAGAGAAAAGACAACUACUCAGAACGCACUCUCGGGCUAUAAUAAACCACGACAGGGCAAGGAAGUGAUGUAAGAAGGAGGUUAAUAUAGGGCAAGGUGAAUACUGAUAGGCAGGGACAGAAUUGAAGGAGGUAUAAAUAGAUAGUGGCAAUAGGCCACUAUCUUUUUAAAUUUGGAGUCCACGUCAUCCCUGCCGGUUACCUUGUGCGCGCGCGCACGUCCCCGGGCGCUCUCCCAGAUGCGCGAGCGCCCCCGGAGGCGCACGUGGGCGAUGCCCGCCAGCGAUCCACACCGCCUGAGAUGAGAGGACGGACGGCGGGACACCAGGUAUGACAAAGUGACAGCCACAGCAUCACGCAGGGAGAAAGUUUAGGAGGGAGGCAGCCGCGACAGGAGAGGAGCACUAGGAGCUGCUCCAGACUCACACCAGCCAGCAGGACUCCAAGUCACCCUCCUGGACACAUAAGGUAGAUAACAGGAGGGUGCCUGGGGAUAUAAAGAAAUAUGACUUGUGUGUGUGUAUAGUGUGAGUGUGUGUGUGUGUGUGUGUGUGUGUGUGUGUAUGUGUGUGAGUGUGAGUGAGUGUGUGUACAAGUAUGAAUGUGAGUAUGUCUAUAAAUGUGAGUAUGUGUAUUAGUGUGUGUUUGUGUAUAUGUUUAUAUAUGUGUGAGUGUGUGCGUCAGGGUGUGCUUCUGUUUCAGUGUGUGUGUGUGUCUGUGUGUGUGCACAGAUUUGUGUAUGUGCAUCUGUGUGUUAGGGUGUGUUUUCUAUGUCAGUGUGUAUCUAUGUGUGUGUGUAUGUGUCGAUGUGUAUCUAUGUAUGUGUCGGCAUCUAAAUGAAUGUGUAUGUGUCGGUGUGUAUAUAUAUAUAUAUAUAUAUAUAUAUAUAUAUAUAUCUGUGUGUUAAUGUUUAUGAAAAUCGGUGUGUGUUUGUAUGUUUGUAUGUGGUAGUGUAUGUGCAUGCAUCCAAGCAGUCAUACAUCAGCACAACAUACAAGCACACUCCUGCAAUCUAACACAAAUAUUACAUACAAACACACCCCUGCAUUCAACCUCCCCCAAAAUAUACAAACAUACAUGUAACGGAGCUCCCUGUACCCCUGGCUGGGUACCUCUGCCAAGGACCACUUCCUAGCUAGAACAGGGGACAAACCUCAGCACUCUUGCCCUCAGUCGCCGUGGCUUGACUGGGGCCCUGGAACUGCUCCCUCCAGGAGCCGUAGGGGGAAUUCGCUCUAGACACUCCCAGGCACUGGACGAUACUCAGUCCUGGGUGCUCUAGUCCUUACAAGGACUUUCCCUGUUGA